GCCUUACUAAGUUGUCAGCUUGGGCUUUUCUUUCCUCCUCCUGACUCCCCCCCCCCCAUCAGCAGUCGCGCGCUCACCUUUGAUUGGGUAAUGUCAAGAGAAUUGAACCUUAGCACCGUUAGAGAGAGACAGAGGCGCCCCCCUCCUCCCUCACAGUACGCAGGCGCGGUGCCGCCGGCUGCACGAGCUCUUUGCCCACUCGCUCGCCUCUUCCCGAGGAGGGCUCGGCUGCGGGCGGGUCCUAGCGCCGCCCGGCCCGGCCCCUCGAGCGCCGCCCCCGCACGCCCCUCACCGGGGCAGAGCGAUGAGCGAGGGCAGCGGGGCUGCUGCUGCUGCUGAGGAGACGGCGGCGGCGGCGACGACGACGACGGGCCCGCCGGGACGGAUUAGCCCCCCAUGUUUCCCCGAGGAGCCCCAGCGACGGCACAGACUGUGGUGGGGAGCGGCGUCCCGUCCUCUUUGUUGGCUGUGCUGCUGCAGUCCUCGCCCCUGAGGCUCCGGGCGGGGGACGAGGCUUCGAGGAAGGGAGAGUGCCGUGUGGCGGCGGCGGCCGCUGCUGUUGCUGCGAGGGACAGAAAGCGCCCGACGAGCAACCGGAACCAGGAAAACUGCUGGGAUUUAAUACGGCGGGCUGCGCCGAGGGAUGGCGUGUGCCUGAAGGAGGACGGGAGGCUCCGCGAAGAGAGGGAACAAAGUGAGGGGGCCAGAGAGACUCGUCAGGGGCUGCUUUUUGGGGGUCCUCUUUCUUCACCCCCGACCCCUCCGACAUUCCCCGUGAGGGGGGACUUCGCUGCUGCUUGAAACUGACCUUGGAGAGAGUUGGGAUCUACAAAAACUAGCAACGUUUUCCUUUGGAUUUUCCUCCCCCCCACCUCUCCCCCCCCUUAAAAACCACACUUUAAGAAUACAUAUCUACAAAUAUCGCUCCAGGUUGCUAACUUGUAGGUAUAUUGAAUGUAGCUGGCAUAAGAGAUUUUAUUGUAUUUAUUUGUUUUAAAUCCCCACCCCACCCAGACUUGGUGUUUGGGAACUUGCCACUUGAAAACAACCACCACCAGUGCCUUGGUUAGGUAUUGGGUGUUGUGUGGCCCUUGCAAACCAUGUGUGGACAUUAAUCAUUUAUCUAUGAGAGCAUGUAGGAGGGAGACAAAGCAUGAACUUAAAAAACGGAGGAGAGUGUUUAUCACUGUUCACCAGUGACUUUAAAUUUUGAAGGUAUUAAGGAAGUUGAUGGGUAAAAUCGGUGGUGUGGGGUUGUUGUUUUUUUGGAAACAUUGUUAAAGCGGUAUAUUUCCAUAAGUUGUGCUAAGGUACCGUCAGUGACUGUGUAUGACGUGAUCCAUCAAAUAUCAUUUCCUUCUGACUAAAAGUUACCAUGGGUGGGUGAUGGGAGGGGGGCUUAUAAUCAAAAGUUAACCUGGUCUUUCACUAUACUGUGUGUUUGCCCUUUGGUGAUUAGCUGAAGGUGGGGUGUGGGUGUCAGUUUGGGUGAGGAAAUUUCAUGAUAUUAUACAUUACUCUUCUUUUUCUUACAACAUUAAGAUCCCAGAUGGCCAAUUCCCUCAACGGCAGGAACCCAGGUGGCCGAGGAGGAAACCCCCGCAAAGGGCGUAUUCUGGGCUUCAUUGAUGCUAUUCAAGAUGCAGUUGGCCCCCCCAAGCAAGCAGCUGCUGAUCGCAGGACUGUAGAAAAAACUUGGAAAUUAAUGGAUAAAGUGGUGAGUCUGUCAGUUGAGUCCUUGUACCAGAAAAUAGUCAAGACUAUUUAUAUGUGUGCAUGUAUGGUCAGAUCAGUUUGUGUCCUUGUUUGGAAAGAAUGAGUGUUUUCACAUUUAUGGCAGAUCCCCAUUUAACCGUGGCUCAUGUUUUCUCCUUAAUACAGAAGAGGGAAAAUACAUUUGUUUUAAAUGUACCUUUUGAUAAGCACAGUUAUUUAAAUAGUAGAGGUUGUGAAUAAGCAGCUUGUUUCCUGUGAACCAAAUGUUCUUUGGUUCCCCACUGGAGCAUGUUGUUACAAUAUCUUCUUGAAAAUGAAACUUCAGUUAAGGUAAUCAAGUUGUGAAGCACUCUUACGUUAAUCAUAUGCAUGCAGUUCAAUUUGCAGUUUAGGGGAAUAAAAAAAACCCUGCUUUCUCUCGUAGGAAUGAACAAAACUUAAGGGCCUUGGCUUUCAAUUUUAAAGGUUCCUUAAAAUGUAUUAUGUGAUUUCUUGAAUAGUUAUUGGAGAGCUGUUUACCAUGGAGGCAUGGUGUACGACUCAAAAAUUAUCUGUUAACCUGUAUCUGAAUCGGAAUCACUUAUUUUGUUAAAUAUUGUUGUAGAAUAGUUAGCAUGUUUAGUCAUUGCAACUUCUACUAAGUUGUAUGCAACAUCCCUUUUCUCACUGCAGAAAAAUAUGGUUCAUUACUAAGGCAACAGGACAGAUAUUUAAUUAAGUGUGCAGCAUUGGCUAUGAGGAUGAUUGAUGGCUUUCUUUUUAAUCCUUCACAACUGAACAAGCAACAUCAGUUGGCAUUAAAUUCUUAAAACAAAAGAAUAGUCUUUACUCAUGGCUUUACGGCUGGUAUUUCACCUACAAUGAAUAUAUGAAGUUUCUAUAUAGGUAAAGAAUAUUAUUGCAUAUAACUAGGUGGAAUUCUUACAACUUUGAAGUGAACGUUUAUUGAGAGAGCAAUAGAACUUUCAUUUGUCAAGCAGUAAAUGUCUCAAUGAAGAUGCUUAAAUAGCCGCAACUGAGUCUUAGGCCUUUUACAAUUAUUAUCAAGCCUUAACUUGGAAUUCAAGACUAAUGUAUUGCAUAAAAGUCACACAUUUGAUUCCUGGUGUUGAAGUCUAGAAAUAAACUUCUUUGGAACUCAAGUUCUGAUUGUAUGUGUUGCCAGCCUACAGAUUUCAGAACAACUUUAAAGGUUACUACUACUGCUAAGACUGGCAGUAAUUCAGGCUAAAGUGUGUGCCUGUAAUACCUUAUCUACCUACCUGAUUAGGGCAAGUUACUUUAGUCUCAGUUUAGAUAUCCUAUAGAUUUUCCAUAAUUUAUGCCAUGCAAGUUGAUCAUCAACCCUCUUUUCUUUCUGGAGUUACACUUUUGUGCCUGCUUUAUACAGUACAAAAUCCAUAACAUGAGAACUGAGAAAACUGCAUUGCUUAGGCUGCAGUGCUAUGGACAUUACUUGAGACUAACAUCUUAUACCAGUUCAUGUCUACCUUAUAACAGUUCAUACUAUUUGUCAAUUUAGUCCAGUCCUGUUUGCAGUAGCUCUCUAGGCUUUUUUCAGGUGGAGUCUUUCACUUCAUUUGCUAUAUAAUCCUUCUAACUAGAAAUGUCAGGGAUGAUAUCUGAAAUAUUCUGUAUAACAAACAUGAGCUCUACCAUUGAUCUGUGGCCAUGCUUUCCAGAGUAGCUCCAGUUGGAUUCAGUAGAACUUGAGUAAAAAAUAGUUAGAGUUGGGCUGCUCAAUCCAUAACACAAAGCAGACAUCUCUACAGACUCUGUGGAUCUUUGUUUUGUGACAUACAUUGAGGCCAUGAUAAUAUAGACAUUCCUUAUUGUGCUGUUUGAGUUCCAUGGGUCAGGUUUUUUUUAAUGUAUUCAGUUUAAAGAUGCAGAUAUCUUUUUGCUUUUAACAUGUUUCUAUUAAAUUAAGAUUUCAUUUUUAACAUUUCCUUUUUUUUACAUUCAUAUUUCUUCCCAAAAGCCUUCCUGGAGGAAAAUGAGGAUUUUUUUAGUUGCCCUUUGCGAACCUAGGUUCAUUUAUCCCUUGUGCAUUGUUUCUAUAUCUAGCACUGUCACUUCCUCACAGCUUUAUCUUGCCAAUCUUGCUAACCAUAUUUAUCUGAUUUCAAUGGGACUGAUGUCCAAGUUAGGGUUUUUUUAGGUUUAUAACUUUAAAUAGCAAGCCGCCUUGGCAUGUUACCUCUAUCCUAUUUAUAUAGCAAACUGGUAGUGCUAAACAAACAUAUGAUGGAAACAAUCACAGUUGUCUGGGAUAUAUGUACAGUUAGUGGUGAAGCAGACUGAUUAAUUUACUGAAUUAUACAUCCUUAUUUGGUUAUAGUAACAUCAUACUUAAGGUGUUUCUCUGAAGCAGCAAUUGUUGCCCCAUCCUAAGCACUGAUUUGCUGACACUUCAAAAGUAGUAUGAAUGACCAGAAUUAACAUAGUAUCGGUUCAUAGAAUGGCUAAAUACAAUACUGUAGUUCAUUACAGUGGCCCUAUCCAUACAGCUGUAAGUGAACCCAGAUUUAGUUACAGUACUUGUGUCUGUGUGCUGUAGCUGUAAUCUAGGAGAACAGGAAGUUGCCUUGUGGGUAUAGACUUUAGCAGGUGUGUUCUGAAUGGCAAAAAGAUACUGUUAUUCAGGUCUAAAAUAAAUGUAUUGUUAAAUUGUGUAUGUAAGGUUUAAUUUGGACAUAACUUCUAUAAUGCCUUAUAACUGGCAUUCAGUACUAUAACUCUUGGAAUGUAAAAUUAUUAGCAGUAUUCAUCAGAUGUAGGGAUGUAACCUGAGAUUUCUUCUCUAAGUGGUAUUAGGUCUAAAUCUCAGAAAGCUUUCUAAUGUUGUUUUCUUGUUUCAGUUACUAUGCAAACUGUGAAAGAUCUCACUGUUUACAUCAUUACUGCUUGAUUUUUAAAAGCCUUGCUACAAUGGCUUGUAUCCCUUUAAUUUAUGGAAGUUCAUGAAAUAAAAGUUUCCUCAUCCCUCUGUCUUUUCCAGAGGAUUCCCCUGCCAACAGUGACAAGGGAAUUGUCACAAAUUGACUUCUUUAAGUUAACUUAUUUUAGGGCCCAAGCCAAUGUUUUUGCCCACGAGAGUAUAGGGUCUGUUUUACAGAAGGCUUUAGGAAGUCUAGAUGCUAUACCUUCCCCCACCCCCCUCUUCCAUUGGUUAAGUGUCCUCAGUUGGAUCUUAAUGUAUCCCAUUUAAGCUUUUGUCAGUUAAUCACAUUUUAUCUCCAGAUUAAAUUAAAGUAUACCAGACAGGAUGAUGUCAUGAUGUUAGAAUCCUGUUAUUUGUAUCUAGAGUUGAGUAUUUGGUACUUGUAGUGGAGGAGAUGCAUUUGAACAAACUCUAUUCAGACAUCUUUUGUGUUAGCAGAUGGCAAAGGGAUGUUUUUUCAUAGUUAAAAUAAAUACUAGAUUGUAAAAGCAUUUCCAAAAUUAAAUGCAGCUUAUGAUUUGAUCCUGCAAUGCAGUUCCUGCAACAGAAUUCUGUGGAGGAAAAUACCAGAUACUGCUCAAUAUGAUGAGGUUGUUUUUGUGAUUAGAGUCUAACUAGCCCAAGUACAAUUGUAACACUCAGCCAUAUAAGAAUAAGCCAUGGUAUCCCUUAUUACGCCCUCCCCCCCUUUGAAAGUUUGUUUUGAGUAAGAUCAUUAGCUUGGUUUGCACAAUAUGGUAAACAGAACUGUGGCUUCCUGGGGUCACAUAAAUGCAUGGGCUCCCAAAUAGGAAUUCACAGCCGCUUUGGUCAUCUCCAGGACUUUUUGUUGGCACAUUGAGCUUAGUAAGUGUUUGGUUUAGUGGGUUUUCCAAACCCAGGCUUGUGUUUAAGCUUUCUCCUAGCUAUAGCAUGUGCUUAGUGGGGAAAGAGUUUAAGCAUAUUAACCUGCAUCUUCUUUUUAUUAUUAUUCAUUAAAUUUGUAGACUGCCCUUCCCCGGGAGAUUCCAAUGUAAAAAUACAAAAUGAAAACACGAAAUAUAUAAUAAAACAAACCAACCCCACCCCCCCAAACACAUUUAAAAGAGCAUAGACUGUUAAUCAGCCAAAGGCUCAGUGCAGGGAGGAAUAAAGUGGCUGUGGCUGCAAGUUUCUCUCUAGGAAUCCACAUGUUUGUGUGGUCCUGGUAAUGGUAAGCUGUAGUUUCACAUAGCAUGUGUUGCGAAUGAAGCCUUUAUGCCAAAUUUGGGGAAAUUUGGCUUAUUCUACCAAUGCUUAGUUAAGAAAAAGCAGAAUCAUGUUUGCUCCAAAUAUAGUUAGAUUAAGCUACUCCCCCCCUCCACCACCACUACCUUAGGUAACGGGCACAUCAGAUUUUACUGAACUGAAAGUGGAAGCUUUUAAACUCCUUCCCAUGUGUGUGGCACAUGAGGGUAAGGCUUGCCAUGGUUCAUUUUCAGUCACAUAGUGCCAAAAGCUUCUCUGGUUUGGUGCUGUAUUUAAAAGCCUGUUAUUUAUCAUCCAGAUGAUCUGAUAGAUAAGCACAAGUUUGUUGCAUAUUCUACAAAAAAUCACUAUACAAAUUAAAAUGAUGGUUUAUCUUUUAAAUAUCUAAAUAGUCACUAUGCAGUUUUUCUGUAUAUAUUUCACUCCAAGCGUUUCAUAACAAAAAUGACAGAUUAUUGUCCAUAGCUCCAUAUUAAAAAGUUUCAUAAUAAGAGAUAUGCAAUAAAAGUCUGUUAAAACAAGCCAUUAAUAAUUCCUUGCAGGAAUGGUGUGAUAUCCUGUGUCCUAAGAGAUGGUAGCACAAUCGCUUAAGAUGUUAAUGCUGUUUUUUGGUGGUGAUAGUGGUGGAGAUAAACAUCCCUAGACAACUUUGGAGGCAGUGUUUGGAACUCUUGGAAGCUACACAAAUUAUUGUUCAUUUCAGUACCUUAUUAUGCAAGCAGAAGGUAAUAGGCAUUUUGAUUGUGCUGCCUGAAUUUGAUUGGAUUCAGUAAGUUUGUGUCCGGUGCUACGUUCUACAUGUCAGACAGUAUAAAUCUAUAUGGAUGGCAAAUGUAGAACUGUAUAAUGUGAAAUAAACAAAUUGCAUACACUACAUAGGAGAGGCUAAUUACAGUUUGAAAAGCCACUUGGAUGUUUUGCUUGUUUAUUUAAAAUAUUUAUAUCUUGCAUUUCUGCUUGACAUCUGGCCUCCAGGCUGGAUGACAAUAAAAGAAAGCUAACACACAGUGUAAGAAUAGGGGAUGGCUACAACUCAGUGGUAGAGCAUCUGCUUUGCACACAGAAUUCCUGGUUCUAUCCCUGGCCUUUCCAGGUAGGGUUCAGAAUACCACCUGACUGAAAGACUGAAGAGCUAUCUAGAUAGAACUAGAUAAACCCAACAUUUGAAACUCCCAUUGUUCUAGGCGCGUUUUGCGACCGGGAAUUUCAUAAAUGCGAGCAGUUUCUGAGUUCAGGGUGCAGUACUGCGCCUAAGAUUUCAGAUUAAAAUCGCCACUGUUACUUGGAAGUAAAUCCCAACCAAGUUCAGAGGGGCUUCGUCCCAAGUAAAACGUGCAUGGAUUGGGGACCUAAAAACUUUCUUUUCUUUUAAACCCAACAUGUUUUGUUUAGGUUUAAGUUGUCUUGUUUAAUGUACUUUUAAUGUAUGAUGUGCUUUUAAUUUGAAAUACAAUAGCCAGUUAUCUACCACACACUCUCACAAAUUUUGGAGUGGGAUCAUUGGACGACCCUUAAAUCUUAGGUUUGCGAACUGAACACUCAAGGUGGGUGUCUCUGCCAUCAGUUGUAGAGGCCUUUAAUAUGUGUUCAUUUUGGUGCCAAAAAGAUAUAUUUAUAUGAAGGAAAGGGAGUGUAGGGAGAAUCCAGGGCUUGUCUGCAGAGUGGAAGGAAAGGAGGACCUUUUUCUGCCUCCCCACUUCCAGCCUCUUAAGAAUAUUAGGGGGGCAGGCAGGGGAAGCAUGGCUUUGUUUUUUGAAGUCUUCAGAUGAGGACUAGACCAUGUGAAAAAUGAACAUAAGAUUUUAGCUGCAGUUCAUUCAUUUUCAGCUUUGUAUUCUUGUUAUAAAAAAGUGCACCUAGACAUUCUGUUGUUGAGCCCAUAACCUAGGUUUAAGGUGCCAUUUAGCUCCUAGCUUUCAUAUCUCAGUUUCUAAACUGGAUAGACCAAUGAUUUGACUAGGGUAUGAUGUAAAAUAUCCAAUCCCACCGUGCUCAGAUAUUGUUGCUGCUGCUAAUUCCAGUAGGAGACUAUGUUUCCACUGUGGACACUUCAGAAUAUUUAAAGAAGAGUAGCUGGAGGAGUUGUGUGUUCAAAUUUCACACUUAAAAGUUAGAAAUGGAGCUCUGAGAGUGCAUUAUCUAUGACUGGGUUGCUGCUCAGUAUUUUGUUAGUAGAUGAAGUAAGUGCUUCAGUCAUUUGCAUUUUUUCCAGCAAUGACUUAGCAUUUUCAGUUUGGGAUGGAGUUAGCCCUUUGGAAGAAUGGUUUAAGGUAGAUUGCUUCAGAGGUCCUAUUAUUACUAUUAUUACUAUUAUUAUUAGUAUAAGGUGGCACAUGCACUCCCCUCCAGCUCCAUUUAACACUGUGAGGUAGGUUAGGCUGAGAGAUAUUGUGAGUGGCUCAAGGUUACCCAGUGGGCUUUGUGGCUCUGUGAGGAUUUGCGCCUUGGUUUCCUACUCUAACCACUACAGCACACUGGCCUGGAACAAAGAUCUCAUAGAAGCCUGGUCAGACGCUCUCAAUCCUCAUAAAGUCUGAAGCAGGAGCGCGCAGCUUCAAAUAUUGUGGUUCUUCUCCCUCAAAAGCUCAAUAUUGUAAUUUCACAGAACCAGAUAUUUGACCCUUGCUAACAUUUUAACUGGCCAAAUAUUUAUUUCCUGCAUAAUUUUGUUGUAGUCAGGAAAAUAUUUAUCACUUGUUGCAUGCAUAUUGUUGUUUAAUUACAACAAUCAACCAGUAAAAGUUAAUAAACACUUACUACCAGAAUAAAUGUUUCCUCAGUUUGGAGCAUGUUUUGUAAUUGGUAACUAAGCUACAGUUGAAUCGGUCAGUUUUUUUUAUUUCAGUAGCUGAUGACUUCUUGCUUAUUGUUAAUGCAUAUAUGUUAAUGCAUAUAUUUGUGGUAUUGGACCAUCCUCAUAGGAUAGGCAUAGGUAAUCUCUGGCCCUCCAGAUGUUUGGGACUACAAUUCCCAUCAUCCCUGACCACUAGUCCUGUUAGCUAGGGAUGAUGGGAAUUGUAGUCCCAAACAUCUGGAGGGCCAGAGUUUGCCUAUGGCCUGUCAUAGGAUGUAGAAUUAACAGUGGUGUUUUAUAUAUAUUCCCCCUUUCAUCUUAAGUCUUGGUUCAGUCUUGAUUUCAGUAGUUUUCUAUUUAUGCAUUCCUGCUGUUGAUAGCUUUUCACAUAUUUAUAUCGCUAAAAUCUUUAUUGAAGUUUAUGUCAGCAAUGGAUAGCAUCCAGCAUUGUUGCAUCUUGAAUGAAGAGCUGAACUUGUAUGAGUACAACUCUCAUUCCGCGAAUGGUAGCUCCUUUCUUUCAUAGUGUGACAUCAUCAGCUGUUGCCUCAUAAAUAUACUUAGUCACACCGGUAGUGAAAACAAUGUUAAAAGACUGUUAAAUUUCUCCCCUAAAUUUUAAUGUCUUUAACCUGGCAUCAGUUAUGUGUUCUGUAGUUCUUAUACUUCACUUGAUAUACAACUCAUUGGUCUUGGACACUGCUUCCAAUUGUUGCUUGGGAUUUAUAUUUUUCAGUCUUAUUUGAAUGUUUCGUCUUGUCAACUCCAUUCACUUUGACAACUUGAAUCAGUUCAGAGGUAACAGGAAAUCGUUUCCCAGUAUAAGAAUAAGCUGCAGUGGGCAUUGGGUUCACAUGCACUCCUCUACUUUUCUUUCAUGUCCACCAGGAAAUAGAAAGCAUUUGUUCUUGAUUUUGAACUAGCCAUAUUUCCAUGUGACAUCUGAACCAGGAUCAAACCAUGUUUCAGCCCCCCAAGUUUGGACAUCAUGUGGUAUUCUUAGUUUUCAAAUCAACAUUGGGUUUCCUUGCAGGAAUGAAAGAAGAGGUGGGAGGAGGGUGUGUGAAAGCUGCUGUUUUCCUGUACGUUUGAAAUUAGCUAUUUUAUGUUCUUCCAUGCUACAAAUGUCUGCAGCGCAUUCCUGAUCAAAUGGUUCUUGUUUCAUCAGCAAAGCUAGGAUUGCUUGGGACAAUAUACAAUGUUUUGGCUUAAAUAUAUGCUUCCAGAUGCUGUCUUUGAUAUACAAUAAAGUUUUAUCCAUUUAGAUAAUUUAUCAUUCACGUGAAAUUUAAUUGUUCUUUGGUUCUAGGUGAGACUGUGUCAGAACCCCAAACUUCAGCUGAAAAACAGCCCACCUUAUAUACUUGACAUUUUACCAGAUACCUAUCAACACUUGCGACUUAUAUUGAGCAAGUAUGACGACAACCAGAAACUUGCACAGCUCAGUGAAAAUGAAUAUUUUAAAAUCUAUAUUGACAGUCUCAUGAAAAAAUCAAAACGGGCUAUAAGACUUUUUAAAGAGGGGAAAGAGAGGAUGUAUGAAGAGCAAUCACAGGACAGGUAAGAAAACUUUGUUUGGCCAGUUGGUCAUGGCCAAUUCUAGUACAACUUUAUUUGUAUAUUUCAGCAGUAUUUGGAUACGUAAUUAUUUGAGGACAUAAUGUUUAUUUUCUGAAAACAGUGACCUGACGGUCAACUAGUAACUCAUUGCAUUUUUAAAAUUUCUAUAGUAUUCAUAACUUUUAAGUGAACUUCUGAUGCAACUGUUUUCUUAUGAAGUCUUAUUUUUUAUGUACAGUUCAUAUUGUAUAGGAAUAUAGCCUCUUUAGAGUGCCAGAGUUGGAGGUUUGCUUUCAUGACGCAUAUAAACUAACAGCAGGGUUACCAAUCUUUUUGGACCGAUGGGCAUAUAUGCAAACUGGAGAAACAGCUAUGGGUUCAAACACACUCUGCAAUCAAGCACACACUGCACCCUAUUCUAUUGGUUUCAGUAGAAUGCAUAUUCAAGUCUAAUUUCAGUGCGGAGAGGGACCUUGAGGGUACCAGGGAAGGACUCUUGGGUGCAUGUCUCCCUUUGGGAACCAUGUUGGUGACCCUGCUUAUGCAUUUGGAAAUUUGAAAGUGGAAUGGAGGUAGUUCCAUUCAGUAUUUAUGUAAAAUAGUUUUGGAGAUGCUUUCUGGCCAAUGUGAGUUUGGUGCUGGAUUUGUCAACACUUCCAAAAUAUUAAUGUGACACUUGUUUUCCUGGUUUCAUGAAGUAAGGUGUUGGUGACAAUGAUCAUACUUAAUAAUAAGCCAAUCAUUCUGACUUAUCAGGGUUUCUUGUGAACAAGCAGCAUAUUGAGAUACAUAGCCCCAACAUUCUUUCUCUGUUGUAGAAAACCAGGAAGCCUUAGCUUCCCAUUAUAUCUGAACCAGAAAUUAUGGUUUGUUGUAUAAUUGGCAAGCCAGUAACAACCAAGGCUUAGGGAUAGCUAUCAUGGAUAGUUAGCGAAAAAAACAUGAUUCCUGGUUUUGAAAGUAACAGGAAGCUAAGGCUUCUUAGUUUAUCCCACUCCAGGGCAGGAGCAAUUCUACAGUCUUCAUGGUACACCAAAAAAUCUGACUUAAUCACUGUUGCAAACACACACAGUUAAAAGUACUUAUUGGACUUUUUUUAUUUCUGAUUUUAUUUGUUCUUCUUUCAUGUCCUUUGUGGCCUGUAGAGAUCCCGCCAAAGUUGUGUCAUGGAGCUUAACAUUUAUUUAAAAGACUAGGCAUUAAUAUUAGGUAUUUUAGUCUUGAAUCCUAGUGGCAAGAAAAGCUACUUCAUAUAUUGAUUUGAGUGAAAUUAUUUUCUGAGCAAGUUAAGUUUUGUAUGUGCUUGAGAAAGUAGCAGGAAAGAAUAUAAUAAUUAAGAAUGUUGCUUUGUGAAGGAACCAUGCAAGAGUGAAGGGACGUGGAUGUUAAGCAUGGGUGGAAGAUUCAAAUGGAAAUUAUGUCUCAAAGCUUUUUAAACUAUGGAAAGGGUGUUCUUCAUUUCUGACUUAAAACAAAUGCACCCAUAAAGAGUUUAUGUGUAAUGGAGCAUGUGUGAACUUUUGAGUGUGUGUUAAAGAGCAUAGUAAAAUAGUAGUGCUUAUGAUACUCUUUCAUUCUCAAAGUGUGGUUCUGUUGUUGACUUUAAUAGGCCAAGCUGCAAAUAGCAAGUUAGUCAUGCUACUUUGCAUUUGACAGGGACAUUCCUCCUCCUCCCCUUUCUUUAUAAAAUCCUUACACAGUUUGUAGAUCCCAUGUAAUGUCAGAUGCAGGGGAAAACGUCACUUCAAAACACAGGUUUAAGAGUGGAGAAGUUUUUUUUAUAAUAACUGUGGCUAGCAACAUGUGGUGUUGCAUUUGAAUGUGUGCAUCAUUGAGUGAUGCCAAGUAAAAUUCCAACGGGAAAUAGAUGAUAUGUCAGGAGUGCUCUGAUGGUGUUUCCUGCUUGGCAGGGGGUUGGACUCGAUGGCCCUUGUGGUCUCUUCCAACUCUAUGAUUCUAUGAUGUAGGUUGCUAUCCGAAACAUACUUAGUAGGGAAUAAAUCCCAUUGAAUCCAGACUUGCUUCUCGCUAAACUUGCAUUGGAUUGUACUUCUUAUAAAUCCAGCUUUGGGAAACAACAAGAGGCAGGUAAUAAGCAUUCUUAGUGAAGAAGAAGAAGAAGAAGAAGAAGAAGAAGAAGAAGAAGAAGAAGAGUUUGGAUUUGAUAUCCCACCUUUCACUCCCUUUUUAAGGAGUCUCAAAGCGGCUGACAUUCUCCUUUCCCUUCCUCCCCCACAACAAACACUCUGUGAGGUGAGUGGGGCUGAGAGACUUCAAAGAAGUGUGACUAGCCCACAGUCACCCAGCAGCUGCAUGUGGAGGAGCGGAGACGCGAACCCGAUUCCCCAGAUUACGAGACUACCGCUCUUAACUACACCACACUGGACAUUUACAGAAGUAGAAAAAUCAACAACCCUAAGUUCUGCUGCCACCACAACCCAACCUAAUGAAAUCUAAGGAUGCUCAGUGUCUUGAUGGAGUUGGGGUGGAAAAUCAAGAAAGAGGAGGAACGAAAUGGAGUACAGGCAACUCCCCAUUUGUUUGGGGGUUGCAUUCCGAGGCACUUAAGCCCGCCCUAUUCUAUCCCGCUUCCUUUUCAUGGCAAAAACAGUGUGCAAAAGAGUUCAUAUUCAUGCCAAAUGCAUGCAGUUGGGAAGUGGCCUGUAUCUUGAAAUAGGAAGUGAUUGCCCGGCAUGAACACUGAAAGGAAACACUGUGUAUGUAUAUAUAUAUAUAUAUUUGCAAGUCCCACUUCUGCCUCCAUAUUAGUGAGCAACUACUAAAACCAAAAAGCAGUGGAAACAUAAGUGAGUAGUAUACUGAUCUGGGUCUUCAGUUUCUUUGAGAGGGUGGAUGAACACUGUCGUCUUCAUGAUGAAGGACCUCUUCUUACUCAGUGUUAGUGACUCAGUUCAGAUGUAACAACAUACCAUGUAUUGCCACAUAGGUGAGCUGGCACAUGCUCAGGCAAGCUUGCUUCCCCUUAUUUGUGUUCAGUAGGAGGAGUUUUGAAGUUUCCUAGCUUAUUAUUAAAAUUGGUUGAAUAAAUUACCAUUUGCCACUUGAAAACAGCAAGAAACUACAGUUUGUUACUGUUAGUGAAAGCUUUGAUCUUUGUCCCUUGCAUACAAAGGGGGAGGGGAAGACACAUUUACUUGAGGCUUGUGGUAGGUUCUUGCAUCUGAACUGGACCACUGACAUACGUAACUAGAAGCAUGAGGUCCUCCAUUUAUAUUCAUGUAACAAACUGUGGUUGGCUUGUUAUGUCUGAACUUGGCCAGUGAUUCUCAGUUUACUUCCUAUUGUCACACAAAUCAUUUCCCUGUUAAAGCGAACAGGGCAAUGUUUUUAAAACAUUUUUAAAAAAAUGUUUUUAAAAUAGGUAUGGCUAAUCCUUUGUGAACUUUACAAUUUAUGGCAAAGGAGAGCUCAAACUGGUGAAUAAAUAUCCCUAAGCUGUGUUUAGUUGUAACUUAAUGUUGCUUAUUUGAACAGUUUUUCAGAACAGAAUGUCUUAAUUAGAAAUAUGAAAGCCUGGUAGAAUUUUUUUUAAAAGAGGAAGUACUUUGAAGUGGCACAUUGCUGUCUUUUUCAGAAAUAUAUUCUGGCAGUCUAUGACAAAAACAAAUCAAAACCUCCUUAAGUCCAGGCAUACUGCCGUGAUGAAGUUAUUGCCUGAGUGUUUUAUGUGCAUUCUAAUGUUAAAAUGUACUUCUUAAAAUUGCUAAUUUAAGCAUAUUUAGUUGCUGUUAAAGAGUUUGAUAAAAGAGAGAAUAGGAAAUGAUUCUUAUCUGAAAACAUGGAGGCCAGCCAAUUCAGCUGACAAUCCCACAAAAUCCCUAGUUGAUCUGAGGAAUGGGAAGAUGACCUGGAUUGGUUGAUAGGAUCACUCCCAAGUGCCCCUGCUCAUUGUAUUGAACUCUGUUCCUUGGUUAUUUAAUGAAAUGCUUAGGAAGAGGACUAAAACAGCAAUGAAGGAACACACAGGUGAUUAUAGAACCUUUUAACCAUUGCCUGGAUGCAGUGAUGGACUGUAGAUGGCUAACAGGUGGAAGCUCAAUCCAGACAAGAGAGAGGUAUUGAUGGCCAGUAGACAAGUUGAUCUGGAGUGGGAGUACAUACUGUUCUGGAUGGAGUGGCAUUCCCUGUAGAAGAUCAGGUUUGCAGUUUGGGUGUGCUUCUGGAUGCCCAGGUGAAUGCUGUAGCCAGGAGUGCUUUUGUUCUGCUUUGGGUAUUGUACCCACUACAGCUACACCCUUUCUUGGAGAAGACGGAUCUGGUCAUAAUGUUGCAUGCCUUGGCCAUUUCCAGAUGUUACUGUUGCAGUGUGUUCUGGAUGUGCCUUUGAGAAGUGUUAAAAAACUGUGGCUGAUGCAAUGCACAGUGGCUCGGAUUCUUCCUGGUAUAUGUUUCUCAGAUCAUGUUGUGGGUGUUGUUGGUUUGCUUUUGUUUUUAUUAUGUAUUUUGGUGUCAUCAUUUUGUCAAAAUUUCCUGAGUGUGUGUAAGUUUAAUCCAGAACAGGGGACUUGUGGCCCUCCAGUUUUGGGGAUCUAGCCAGCAUGAUCAAUUGUCACAUCUGGAGGAUCACAUUUCUCCAUCCUUGUUCCAGAGAAGCUGUUUGCAUGCUGCCUUAACAUUAGAGUAGACACAGAUUUUAUUUGAAAUAUGAAAAGGAAGCAACAUCCUGAUGGUAUUGAUCUUUUACUUUUAAUCCUAUUAAUUAAUACUCUGUGAAGAAUGAACAGCAAUGGCUUUCAGAGCUUCAUAAUAAAAUCAGUGCUGAUCAGAGACAUUUAGUGAUAUAGUUUGUUGUUGACUCAGUUGGUAUCCAGAUGAGAGGUGGUCGCCUAUACAGUAAAUGUUUGCAUUAUCCCUGUUGUUCAUGUAGCCCAAACUAUAUUUUUCCUUUUUAAAAGCACCACAUUGUUUGCAAGCAGUGAUCCUUCUGAUGCCAAAUAGUGUGUAAUCUGGUUAUGUUACAACCUGCCUAAUCAUUGUUCUAUGAUAAGAGCAAUAAAUAAUAAUGUGCUUGUGGAGUUAAACCCUUUCCCCUCCAAGUUAGCUAUUAAGAUUACCAGUUAACUACUGUUUUUGCAGUGCAGAAGCAAUGAGCUGGUGCCGUUUAUGAAUAAAAUCACUAGGUCUAGUUCCUUCUCUCAGUGAUUAGAACAGUAAAUGCUUUAAGGUCUGCAGUGCAAAUAAUCACCAACAGUGCCUCCUCUAAAACCCCUUAAGCUAAUCAAAAUGUAUCCAAUCUUCAAUUAAACUUAAUAAAUGAGUGUUGCUUUUAUGUUUCAGAGCUGUUGAUAAUAUUUGGAUUGGGAGAACCUUAAAGAUAGGCAGCAUAAAUUAAAUACAUUAAGUCAGUCUUACUGCUAAGAACUUAAUGAUUUUCUUUUUCCUGUCCCUGCUCACCCCACCCCACUUUCUGUACUGUAUCUGUAUGGAAUGUAUGCAUUCCUUUUAUGGUUAGCAUUGUAGAAUUGUAGAGUUAGAAGAGACCCCAAGGGUCAUCUAGUCCAACCCCCUGCAUUGCAGGAAUCUCAACUCAAGCACACAUGACAGAUGGCCAUCCAACUUCUGCUUAAAGGAGAGUCCAUCACCAUUCCACUGUCAAGCAGCUUGUGCUUAGAUUUUUCUCCCUAAUACUAUAUGCUGAGAUACUAAUAAGAUAAGCAUAAGCAAGGCAACCAACCCCCACUCCCAUUAGAUAUAAACCUGCUGUUGCAUCUGUAUGGGGGAUUUUUUAAAGUUUCUCUUCUGUAGGGAAACUCAGCAAAAUGGUCUAUCCUAUAGCUUCUUGUUUAGGUUUCUGUUGAACACAAAAGGCUGGAAAUGUGCUGUGUGUGGUGUUCCACAUGCACACUGUGAAUUAUAUUCGUCAAGUUGUGAGGAGCUGCAGCUGGAAAGGAAAACUGGCAGUUAUCCCAUAGGUACACACAAGUGCUUCCAUACCAGUGUAGGGCUCUUUGGAUCCUGGUCCAAUUUAAAACAUUAUUGAGGAAUUUGCCGUAUGUGUGUACAGUGGUACCUCGGGUUAAGUACUUAAUUCAUUCCGGAGGUCCGUUCUUAACCUGAAACUGUACUUACCCUGAAGCACCACUUUAGCUAAUGGGGCCUCCUGCUGCUGCCGUGCCGCCGGAGCACAAUUUCUCUUCUCGUCCUGAAGCAAAGUUCUUAACCUGAAGCACUAUUUCUGGCUUAGUGGAGUGUGUAACCUGAAGCGUAUGUAACCUGAAGCAUAUGUAACCCGAGGUACCACUGUAUAGAAUUGGCCUUUCAUUGCAUGUAGAGAUCUGAACAUUUUGUUCCCUUUGAUAGCAUAGCAGCACAAUUACGUGCAUGUCUCAGAAGAAACUCUCAUUUAGUGCAGUAGGACUUAUUCCCAGGUAAGUCCCUUGAAUUCAGUGGGUUCUUUAAAGAUAGAUACAUUUAAAAUAACAAUAAAAUAAUAAACCGAAAAACCUUGCCUAGAACAAAUUAGUGGAAUGUAUUUGGGUCUUAGCAGUAUAGACCUGUAGUGUGAAGAUAAGUGUAUCAAGCCUUUACAGGUUUCUGAAAUCUUAAGCUGGAAAAGUGACGCUGUUGGAAGCAACUCCACUGCAGGUAAAUGAUAGGCAGGAAUGGCUUAGCAAAAUGCAAAUUCAGCAGUAGCAGCGUUUUGAACAAAUGAAGAGUGUGAGCAUUCUGCAGGCCCACAGAAUAUUUUUUCAUAGACAUAUAAUUUGUGGUUGGACAUGGGAUUCCUACUGCAGUGGAAUUUCUAAUUACCUGCAUACAUUUCUUGUAGCUUUUUCUCUAGUCGUUAUUUCUUCCAUCUUAAGCAUCUGAUGUAACUCAUUUAUACACGCUAUUUGUGGGCUUUUGAAUCUGAGGAAAGAGUGUUAGGGAAUAUAAUGCACUGCAGCUUUCAGAAGAAAAAUGGUCAUACUGACUUAAAUUAUUGGUAGCAUAUUGCAGCUUACACAUCUUUCACUUGAGUUCUGGUAUAGUUUGCCCUUUCAACAGUAGACACUAUGCCUUGUGAGUUUGAAGACUCUUAUCUGAACCAUUUUCAUAAUAGUCAGGAAAUCAAGAUGUUGGGAACUGCUUAGUAAGCUGUGUUGGCUCUGGCACUGUGAAUACAUAGAUACUCUUGGUAAAUGGGAUACAUAGAUAUUCCUCCCAAACAAACGUGGUGCUUGGGAAAUUUUGUUUUUGACAUGUUCGGUUUGGAAUAGAAGAAGAAGUUUAUAUGAAGAUUAGUGAAAUGGAAAUAAAGCAAGUGCCUUAUUCACAGCUUUUAUCAUGAUUUGCAAAAAGUGGAAUAUUUGUUGUGUAUGAAUAUUUAAAGUUGGUAGGCAGUCUCAAGUAGCACAUCAUUUAACAAUCAAGUGAAAUACUUUUGCAGCAUGUAGACCUGUGUCUGAUUAUUUCCUUGUAUGACUAAUGCCCACAGUUAAACAAGUUGCAGUCUAUUGAUAAUAGAUUUCCUGUCUUAUUUCCUGUGAUUAUUUGAGAAGAAGGUGAGUGGCUCAGAGGUAGUGGCUUGUACUGGCCAAUUACAAUUUGACAUGCUAAGAGACCAAAUGGCCAGCAAUGUUACCAUGCUGAAUGCUUGCGCUGAGUUUGGAUUAUCUAGUUGUAUGACUCAUACCAAUACCUUAAUGAAAAUGCCCAUAGCCUCAUGGGGAGAUCAGGCCUUCUCUCCAGUCUUACAUUGAGUAAUAUGGCUUAUAAGAAAUUAGUGUUGUGAGAAGUUGUGUGGGAGAUUCUGUAUCUGUAAAAAAAGGUUCCAUAAUGUGAGCAAGAUGCUUGACCAACAAAGUGGGGAUUCAGUCUUGAGAAGGAGAGUGUAGGAGGGUUUUCCUUUCAGCUUUAUGAAAAGAAACAAAACUACUAUUUUCCACUUUAAUCAGUGCUACAAGCUCAUUACUGAAGAGCAGUAUUCAACAAGAUGCUUAUGAUGAAAGGAAAACUUGCUCUAUUAUUUCCUUUCACUUUUGAAGUCUUCAGAAUGAUAUUAAGAAAAGACAGACCACUUCAUAUGUGUGAAGAUGGGAAACAUACAGGUGAAAAUAAUAAAGAAUAGUGGGAUUUUGGUCCUGAAAUAGCUUUGUAAGACAUAUGUGCCUUUCAUGAUAUAUAGAUCAAAAUACUGAGUUGUAAUAAGAACCCAUUAUUUCAUUAGAAAGUUAAAUGUAAUCUGUAGUACUUAUUUUAUACAAACACACACACAAAAUUUAGACAGGCACUAUCUCCAAUGGUAUUUUGGUACCUCCUUAAAAUAUAUUUAUUAAACUAGACUUUUGCAGUUAGAUAAUUCUGUUUCUGUUCUUUUUGCUUCUGCCUCAUUGCAGCUGCAUUUUAUUUUAUUAGUAUUAAUUUGUAUCCUGCCUUUCCACGCAAAGGAGCCCAGGGAAGGAAGCAAACACCAAAAUGCUGAAACAAUGCAAUUUAAAAUAAAAUAAAAACAUAUUUGAAAACAUAUAGAACAUAUAAAAACAUUUAAAUACAAUUGCAUACCCAGUGCAUGAUUCAGGAUUGCUGACACAUGAUCUCAUAAGGCUGACCCACUUACCAACCAAGCAUUCAUAUUCUGCACUAGCUACAGCCUCCAGACUUUUAGGCCAGCCCCACAAAAGAAUACAUUACAGUAAUCUAAGCAGGUCACCAGAGCAUGGACAACUGAAGUCCCAUCUAUUCCAGUCCAUGAAUAGCUGUAGCUCUUAAACCUGCCUAAGCUAGAGGAUAGUAACUCCGGGCCACAGAAGUCACUUGAGAAUCCAUUGACAGGUUAGGAGAGGGUGAGAAGAAAAACUGGCCUUUUUGUCCCUCCUGGGGUUCCCCACUCUACCCUAUGAAUUCCAGACUGGCUUGUGUAUUGAACAUGAACCCUUUUAUUGAAGGCUUGAACACACAGGGAUAUUUUGUUGCAGAUACCUUAAAGGUAUUUAUUCAUGUAUGUUGGUGCUCUCCUCCUUCCUGCCCACAGUAUAUUAUUUCAGGUUGUGGUUGUAGUAGGGUGAAAUAAAAUGAUUUAGUUGGUCAGUGCAGAGCACAGACAACACCUGACUGAGGGGAGAAGGGAGGAUAGAUGUGAGUCCCAUCCUGACCAGAGCUGGAGUCUGGGAAGAAGGUAUUUCAAGAGAACCUGUUAUAUUUGCCAAUUCAACCAAGUUAAAGUCUGCUUCAAAAGCUAAGCUGCAAACACCAGGACUAAAGGAAGGGGAUUGCAUGCUAGAUGUGUGUUCUCUGUAGGCUAGUGCAGGUUCCUUGAAUUGCAUCCAGUAUACAAUGGUGCCUUGGUUUAAGAACAGUCCUAUUUACGAAUGAUUCGGUUUACAAACUCCACAAAACCAGAAGUAGUGUCCCGGUCUGCAUACUUUACCUCGGUCUAGGAAUGGAAUCUGAACAGUGGAAGGGCACUGGUUGGCAGGAGGCCUCAUUAGGGAAACUGUGCCUUGGUUUAAGAACAGUUUCGGUUUAAGAAUGGACUUCCAGAACAGAUUAAGUUUGUAAACCGAAGUGCCACUGUACUUUAUUGGCAUAUUAAGGUUAUGUGUUGCUGAAAUGCAUUACAUAGACAUGAAUAUUAAAGAUAGGUAUCAAGAGCUGUGUUGAAGCUGAAUAACUGCUCCCCUUUGAUUUCUGGACAAACAGGUUUGGGUGCGAGUGAGGGGGGGAAGCUGUCCUUUCUCCUGCUCUGAAGUCUCUUCCCCACCCUUUCCUGAGUACCAGCUUGGCUUGUGGUCUGAUCAGAAACACUUGUUCUAGGCAGGCAUAGGCAAACUCGGUCCUCCAGAUGUUUUGGGACUACAACUCCCAUCAUCCCUAAAUAACAGGACCAGUGGUCAGGGAUGAUGGGAGUUGCAGUCCCAAAACAUCUGGAGGGCCAAGUUUGCUAAUGCCUCUUCUAGGGUCUGUGCAUGCAGAUACAUUUUCAUCUGUGUUUCAUUGGAGUUUCUAGUGCUUUUGGGAAGAGGCAUUACAAGGAAGGAAAAGAGCAUCCUUUCAAAUUAUGACCACAUAUGGAAUACCACGUGGAGCUGUGUAUAUUUUUGGCAAAUUGGAAACAAUAUAGUAGACGAGUUCUAAAAGACUAUAAAUGUUUCAAAGGCAAAUCUUAAGAAGAGCUAAAGAAACUGGGUAAGUUUAGCCUAGAGUAGAAUAUUAAAGAGAAAAUAUUAAGAGGUUGUCAGGGGAAAGAUAACAGAUCAUUUAUCUUAUCUGCUGAGGUUACAAACAAGAUGCAGUGGUUUUCAUCUACAAGUAGGAGAUGAUGGUUACACACUUUGGGGGGAAAUUCUAGCUGUUAGAGCGGGUCAGGGCAUGCCACGGUUGACAUUUAGAAAUAGUUGUUUGUGCUUACAUAGGCUGAAGAUCUAGUCACUGAUAUCACUUAUUCAGCACCUAGUUGUUUCUCACCUCUUUUCUAUCUGAGUUUAACUAAGUUGUUUAAUUAUGUUGUUUAUCUACUAUAUAUUUUGGAAAGUAGUUUGUCCUUUAUGAACUUGGGUGCCUCUUGAUGUAUUGUCACACAGACGGUUCCCAAGAUAGAGCUGUUUUUGUCUACAUUUUGAAACCACUGGAUACCAUUUUGAAUCAAAACAAUCAAAACAAAAUACAACAGUUCCCGAGCUAGAGGAGCAGAUUUGGGUCUGUGUUUGUAAACCAUUGAUUGGAAACUUCAUUGAUUUGGGCACCUUUGAAGAUACUGUUGCUCAGUUUGGUAUGACAAUUACUGAAUUGGAGGGUUGGGUUUUGGUUUACAUUUGGAUAUUGUCAGACACAAUUUUGAGCAUUACCAGAAUAUGUUAAUUAAAUUUGCCUUUGGGGCUCAGGCAGCUCCAGAACUUUUCCUGGGUAGUAACUUAUUUCAUUAAUACUGAGUUUCUGAUACAAGCAUUGUUUAGGACGUGUCUUAGCACUUUUCCUUUUGUUAGUGGACCAAGAUGACCUUUUUUAAAAAUACAAACUUUAUUAAAGAAUAGAAUUUACACAAGAACGAAAAGGAAGAACACUACAAAGUUAAUAAUACAUACACUUCAAAUAUCAAUGACAUACCACAGACUACUUUGAAUAAGAAAAGUGUGCCAGUUUGGAGAGAAAUAUAUGUUCGAACGCACACAGGAGAGGCAUCAUUGGCCAUCUGUCAGGGUCUCACUCUGAUGCCAGCCUUGGGCCUCCCUGUUCAGGGUCUGUGUCUCUGAGCUGCCUGUCACUUUAAUUAAUCACAAUACCCCCAAUGUAACAUCACUCAAAGUCAUCAUGGGACAUUAAAUUGUCAACCUUGCUUUUCCAGUUUCUGAAUGGUUCCCAAAUUUUGACUGUGUGCUCCCUGGGGUCAGAAUUUUUCUGUUUCCUUGCUAAUGUUACUGCGUGUAAAGUACUAUGUACAUUGAAAAAUACAAGUCUGUGAAGCUUCCCUGUGUGUUAAUCACUGAAAACUGCAGGCUGUUGAAAAGCUGAGAUCAAGGCCAACUUUGUAAUUUGCUACUUGCCUAAGACAAUUAGCAAUUUUUAUCAAAACAAGUAGCUCUUUAGGCUCACUAUCUGACCUGUGACAUGCAUGUGGACAUUAGUAAAUGGGCUAGUAAAGUAUUUUUGCCUGCAUUUCUUUUUUUACACCUGGAACAUGUUUCAUUUUUAUUUGAAAGUAAACUGUGCCUCUGCAGGAAGGAAUGUGAAAUUUAAUGUUAUGCGUACAUUAAAUAAAUCUAUGCUAGAAAGAACUUUGUGAAAAGCAGUUUUGCCCUUAGAAUAACUUAAUGUGUGGUUUAAAAUAAAUUUCACUUCCUUUUGUAAAACCAGUUGAUUUCCCUGUCUAUCAUUCAAUAAGUAUCAACAAGUUGUUUUCCUUUGUCUUACUAUGUCUUACAAAUCUUCUCUUAUAUGGUGCUAAUUGCCUACAGUGGCUACUUGAGGCAUUGUUUUGUAACAAUAGAACUAUCAAUUUUUGCUGUUUCUUAUGACAUAACCUCAACAGUUUUAUGAAACAACUGCAUUGAAUAUGGCUAUAUUUCACCUUUUAAAGUGCAGUAACUUCCCUUACUGAAGAUUUUUGAAUCUACAUAAACAAUUUAUCAAAUUUAAUAUAUGGCUUUUGUUUUUAUUUAAAUACCUUAAAAUGUACCCAAGAAGUGGCAUUAUUAUUUAGCAAAUGUUUUCUAAAGCACUGUUUAAUUGUGGUAUGAAUGUGGUCUUAAAAAUAAGAAAACAUGGGACACAUGUUGCUUUUUGAAUUUUUGAAAUUCAGGUCUUCGUUUUCCUUUCAAACAAGAGACUUCUUUGGUAUAUUUUGCUUAGUUUACCCCCUGUUUUAUUUCAUUGAAAGGCGAAAUCUUACAAAGCUGUCCCUCAUCUUCAGUCACAUGCUUGCGGAAAUCAAGGCAAUCUUCCCUAAUGGUCAGUUCCAGGGUGACAACUUUCGUAUCACAAAAGCUGAUGCUGCAGAAUUCUGGAAGAAGUUUUUCGGUGAGAAGUAAGUAUAGUCAAUUUUGCAAAAGUUUUUUUGUGUUGCAUAUGAUUCCCAAGGAUAUCCUGAAGUCUCUCUCUCUCUCCCCCUUUUUAGUAUCCUUUUAACAUUUAUGUAUAAGGACAAGUACAUAAGAGACAUUUGUCACGUAAGGAUUUGACCAGAUGUGGCUAAAGUGCCUUGCGAACUAUUAUAGCAGACUUAAUUGCCUGAAGUAGAUGUUAACAGACCCCAGACAGUACAAAGAAGGUGUGCUGGACAGUUACUUGAGGAUGCAAUGGAGGAAGAGAAGUGAGACACCUCCUCGCCACCACACAGUAGGCAUGUUAAACUGGUACUCAGUGACAUUCACAACACAUUUUUUGCCGCUUGUGUUCUAGCCUUUGUUUCUAGACCAAUUUGCUAUAUAAUUGUAUAUCUUGAAGCAGAUUACAGUAAGGAGUCAGAGAUUAAAAAAAACCACAAUAAAACUCAAUAUUGAUAUUCAGGUAAUUGAUAUAAAAGUUCAAAAGGAAAAUCAAGAGAUAUAAUAAGAUCUAAAAAGUUCAAAAGGAAAAUUAGAUUACUAAAACUAACAAUAUUGAAACUAACAACAUGAAGCUGUACAUUCUAGUGGUCAGCUGUUGAGGAAGGCUUGAACAGAAAGGUCCAUUUUCAGUACCUGUAUUCAAAUGGUAGGAGUGGGUUUGUGAUUAUUGAUAACAAGUUUUAUAAGGUAAUAAAUUUAAAUAUUCCACAGUUAUCAUGACAGGUGUUAUCUAAGUAUUACAUUUCCUGAUGCACAAAAAUACUGUAUUAAAAUUCUCAGAAAAUAUAAUACCCCUGAAAAACAACAGUCCAUAUAUAAGGUAACAUGUUGACAUUGCACAAGUAAGAAAAUGUGCCUUUAUUGUACUAGGAAAAGUGAUUAUGACCUUAUUUAGUGCUGAAGGUUGUGUUGAAAUUCAGCAUGAUCUGGAAGACUGAAACUAAUUUCUGUGUAAUCCAUAUAUUAAUGAACCUGCUCACCUCUGCGAGUUUGAUCCCAUCUAAAAUUUCAUUCUGUGAAGUUUACCACAGAGUUCUUACACAGCCACUCCCUGUGAGCUAUUUUUGCUUCAAGGUAGGAAAUUCCUUUGGCAAGAUUGCUUAUGGCAGGUCUGUGACUGUAACUAUUUGAGUAUAGGCUCUUCAAAACCUCACACCCUACAACCUAUCUACCUACUUGUCUUUCAGCAAGUUGCAUUAUUGAAACAUCUGGGUAUAUUAGGAAAGAAUACAUGUGGUAAUAAAUCAAAAGGAAAAAAAUCUACACUAUAUAUUAGCUGGGAAAUUUGCUGAGAUGCCACUAAGACUCCAGAAAGCAUACUGCUAAAAUUUUGCAUUCAGCUACUGUCUGGAUAUGAAUCAUGAUGGGCAGCAUCUUCCUGGUUUGAGCUAUUUUUAAAUAUUAUUUAAAGGUGGGGCUAUUAACUUUGAAGCCAAUAGCAAUAUUUCCCCCUGUAGUCCACAUUUUCAGGUGGUCUUAAGUAAUUGUUAUCUAUUUAUUUAGCAUUUUAGUUACUCUAGUGUCAGAGAGUUGAAGUGUGAACAAAUAACAGGAAUAGCAAAUGGGACCUGAAACACAGUUUUGCAGUGUGGGCUGCUCUUGUACAGUGUUUCCUUCAGUCAGCCAAUGCUGUUCACCCAAGAUGCUCCAUUGCUUUCUCCUUCCAUCCAGUUUUCCAUCCUCCCUCAAUAGUCAGUCAUCCUUCAGUGCUCACUGAGUUCUUGGUGCUGUGUUGGGUUCUCCCCUUCCCUACUUUCAGUUUUUUUUCCUUCUGCAAACCUCGGGACUUCCCCAAAUGUAUUGCUACCUCUCGUUUGCGGGUGGUGCAUUCUGGGAUCUGAGCAAUAGUACUCAUUCCGAUAAACUGGAAACCACAGGGAUGAUAAUAAUUAUCAUACAAGUGGAAAAUAUUUUGAAAAGAAUUAUGUGAAGAUACCAAUUUUAAGAAGCCUCCAAAAUCUGCACAUUAUUUAAAGGGCUGUGAACCAGUAUUAAAUGUUUUUUUCUGGGCAAUCAAUUUUUUACAAAAAGGAAUUGGCCAGGUAUAUUUCCAGUAUGUUCCAAAGUGUGGCUUGCCACCACCAAAGGCACAUAUCCAUGCCUUUGUGUAUCUUUUACCUAGACACAGAGCCAUGUGCAGUGCUGACACAAGUAAUUUUGCCCCCUGAAGUAGACCUUGAAUGGUGCUCUCCCCUCCCGCCGGUGCCAACUUAAAAUCUUGCUGUGCCAUUCAGACACCAAUUCCUGCCAUCAUCUAUCUUCUUUCCUUGCUCUGGCCAUGGUGCUGCCAGAAGAAGGUUGCUGGUAACCCUUCACCUGGAGAUGUAAUCGAACAUGAUGUGUAAUCAUGAACCUACAUGGCUCUGAUUUUACAGGAUGUGAUGUUACUUAGACAAUGGUAGCAUAUUGUGUAACACUUCAAUACUGUUUUUGCAUUACAGAACCAUAGUGCCUUGGAAGGUGUUCCGUCAGUGUCUGCAUGAAGUGCAUCAGAUUAGUUCUGGUUUGGAAGCAAUGGCUUUGAAAUCUACUAUUGAUUUAACCUGCAAUGACUACAUUUCAGUCUUUGAAUUUGAUAUCUUCACCAGAUUAUUCCAGGUAAAAUAUUCAGCAUAAUAUUGAACAUCCUCUUCCUAUGUUGUCUACAACCAAGUAUGUUUCUUUAAACGCUACAAAGCAUUCACUAAUGGUUGAAGUCAAUAUGCCAUUUUGCUCAGUUAAAAACAAAAAUCUUUGCCACAUUUUGUUCAGAGAAAAUGUCAAGAAAAAAGUCUGAUUAAAACUGAAUAAAAGCUGAGGCUUGGUUUAUUGUAGAAACUUUAUUUGUGUGAAUUAUCUUUGGCUUAACUUUUUAAAUAUAAAAAAAGUUUGCUUAUUAUAAUGGUGUAAGGAGAGAGUACAGAUGAGAAAAGAAAAAAAUCUUCUCUUUAUGAGGGCAGCUUAAAGACUCAGUCAAAUUAAACAUCUGGGUAUGGGAAUAUGAGAUAGGAUCUGUUUAUAUUCUUGAACUCUAUAUACCUCCAAAUAACAAUUGUAAUAACUGGCAGGUUUAGUAUUUUACCAUGCCUCACUGUUGUGAUAAAUUGCAUACUUAACACUAGGUAAGAUUAUAGAAAUUGCUUCUGUAUUCUUGGGCCCCUGAUGUUGGGUACUACAGCUUUCUAUUAUGUUUUAUUGCAUUGUUUUAUUGUACUGUGAAUCAUGUUAAUAUUAUUUUUAUUAAAGGCAGUAUAUAAAGAGAGAGAGAAAAAUAGUUUUGAUUGAAGAUCAAAGUUUUGAUAGCUGCUUCAUGAGGAGCAACAGUUUAUAUUUAGCUGACAGUAGGCUUUUCUUCACCUGCUAUGAACCUAGGCAUGUUUCCCCCAGUUAAAUUGUAUCAAAGUUAAUCACGUACAUUGAAUGAAUUAUGUUAAUAAUUCUAUAGACUUCAGAAGUAUAUCUUGCAUACAUUGUGAGACACUUUGAUAUGGUGACUGUCUGGAAUGUUGAAUUUGGACUGAGGAUAGCUGAGCAAAAAUUCACAUCUAGCCAUGAAGUUUACUGAGUGGCCUUGGCCCAGUCACUAUGUGCUGGUUUAGACACAAAGAUGCUGGCUUAAUAAACCAUGAUUUAUUAAGAUUGAUACAGUUCUCAUGCUCCCCGUCCCCUCAUGUGCUGGUUUCAGUGUUUUUUAAAAAUCAUGCUUACUUUAAAGCACUUUCCCUUUAUUUCCAAAAUGAUAAACUGUGAUUUAAAGUAAUCAUGGCAGAAACCAGUAACACAGAGAGAAAUGCAGGGAGCCCACAGGCAUGAAGCUCAUUGCCUGCUUUACCAAAUCAUGGAACAAAAUCCUGACUUACAAAAGCAUGUUUUAGUAAGCUUGUUACAUUCAAGCUGGCCCUCUUUCUCAGCCUAAUCUACCCCACAUGGUCACAAGUGUAGUGGGGAAAUAGCAGUGUAUGCCACCACAAUGAUUGGAGGAAAGAUGGGACAAAAAUACAGUAUUUUUUUCACUUUGUGUUUAGCCUUGGGGUUCAAUAUUAAGAAACUGGAACUUCCUAGCUGUAACGCAUCCUGGAUAUAUGGCAUUUCUGACUUACGAUGAAGUUAAAGCACGGUUACAAAAAUACAGCACCAAACCAGGAAGGUAAUGCAUUUUUGCUAAUACUUCUUAGAAGAGGGUCAUUUGACCUUUGUGUUCAGUAAAACCUUUUGCUCUUUGUGCUAUUUUGACCAGUGUUCACUUGGUAUAUUUUCUGAGAUUCCUAGCUACACUGGAAAAACCUGCAAUCCUGGUGUUGCUCACCUGAUUGCAUUUGCAUUUUAAAAUUAUAAAAUGCACUUAUGUGAACAUAGUAAAGUCUAAUAAACAUAGAUCCCUUGUUUUAAGUGCUGAGCCUUUUAAAUGUGCUGCUUUCAGAUUUUUUUACCUUUCUUUCAGAACUGGGGGGAUUAUUACCCCUCUUUCUAAUUUUAAAUGAAAGUUUUCCUAACCUUUAACAGGACCCAUGUUUUUCAUGUAGAGGGUGGGCUAUAGGCACCACAUACUGCAGCUUUAGUGGAGAGAUGGUUAACCUCUGGCCCUCCAGAUGUUGCUGGACCACAUCUCCCAUCAUAUUUUUGAGCUAAUGGAAAUUGAGGGUGAAACAACAUGGAGGGCAAUGGGUUAGAUGGGCCUUUGGCCUGAUCCAGGAGAUCUUUUCGUAUGUUGUUAAGUGUGUUUUUGUAACAUUGCCUUAUAGCUACAUUUUCAGAUUAAGCUGCACUCGACUAGGACAGUGGGCUAUUGGAUAUGUCACUGGCGAUGGAAAUAUUUUACAGACAAUACCUCAUAAUAAGCCUUUAUUUCAAGCUCUGAUUGAUGGCAGCCGGGAGGGAUUGUGAGUAUAAAUGUUUACUACUUUAAAUACAGAAUCUUGGUUCUUUGACAGAUGGGAUGCACCUAAGAGUGUACAGUGGUACCUCGGGUUACAUACGCUUCAGGUUACAGACUCCGCUAACCCAGAAAUAGAACCUCGGGUUAAGAACUUUGCUUCAAGAUGAGAACAGAAAUCGUGCUCUGGCGGCGCAGCAGCAGCAGGAGGCCCCAUUAGCUAAACUGGUGCUUCAGGUUAAGAACAGUUUCAGGUUAAGAACGGACCUCCGGAACGAAUUAAGUACUUAACCCGAGAUACCACUGUAUUUCAGUCUGACCAACGUUUAGUUAUCCAAUAUAAAAUUAGAUCUUUAUUGCAAUGAGUGCUCAUAAUUUUCAUGCAGGGAAAGGGAGACAAACACUCUUCUUUAGUGUCCCAAAUGUAGGCAAACUAGAGUCUAUGUUGCUGACUUAACAGUAAAACAAGGAGACGAGAAGAGAAGAGGUGAGGGUGAACUUAUAUGCGACAAUGAAAUGAAAAGUGGGCUACAAUUAUCAGCAGAUAGUGCAUAUAGAAAAACAACAUAAACAUGGAUAUAGUAAUGAAUGGCAAGAGGAAAUGGAAAAGUUGUUGGAAGCAAAUGCUUAGAGUGGGGUGAGAAAACCUUUGGAACCCUCAUCUAAAUUUACCAUUCAUGAAUAGCUUGGUGGUAGAAUGCUUUCAGGUGUAACUAUUGUGAUUUGUGUUGUCUAGUGACCUUGUGAACUAGUCCCGGUUUUAUCAAAUCCAUUCAGGAAAGCCAUAUGUUUGGGUUUUCUUAACUUGUAGCUAUAUGCAUGUUAGUGCACAUUGUGUGAUUAAAUGUUAAAAAAUUUAGAAGCAAUGUAAAAUUGUAAACUUUAUUUCUUUGUAAUCCAGCUAUCUGUACCCAGAUGGAAGAAGUUAUAAUCCUGAUCUGACAGGACUGUGUGAACCCACCCCACAUGAUCACAUAAAAGUUACACAGGUAUGUUGCAUAUUAUCACUUCAUUUAUAGCAAAAUCAUUAAUAAAAAACAAUGCAACAGAUUUAAAUGCCAGAUUUUAGUAAGAUGUUCAUUUACAUCCAUUAAUGGGCACUCACUAUUGAGGUGUUGCGGGGGAGUGGGGGCACUUUUGGUGGGAAAUAUAUGAGAUGAGUUUGCAUAGGGGCUCUCUGAAAAAGUUUGGAUUUACUUUAUAAUUAAGCUAAAUAUAAUAUUAUUCAAUAGUCUCAAAAUAACAUCCAGAUAAAAUUAUCCUUAACCUCAAAAAUAUAAUUAAUUGCUUUACAAUCUCUAUUCAGUUACCUUCAUGAAAAGCAAUUAGUGUGUUUGUUGUGAACUGUAGUAGGGAGGGUGUUUAAAACCCUAAUGAUCUUGGUAGCCUGUGAAUUUAUUUUUAUCAAGUGGCUUGACCCCUCUGGAUGCCUCUUUGGUGAUAAUUACAUCUUAGGGCUUGAGUGACCUUUGGUCGUAUAUGGCGAAAGGAUAAAAAAAUGAGGAAGUGUUGGCCAGAAAUCCAUAUCUCUUCUUCUCUGCACCAUCCAUUGGUAGUUUUGUCAUAUUGAUGAGGGUGGUCUAUUCAUUCUCUGUAGCUGUUGUGGAUUGGCCAAUACCCUGGCUGCAUUUUGAAUGUUUCUGAUGCAUGUGUCAUGUUGUUAGACUUGAUGUUUUGAUAGGCAUUACAAAGUAUUUUUUCAUAGUAAAGAUAAAUCACUAUCACUUAAAAUGAAAAAAAAAUAACAAACAAACCCUCAAAUACCCCCCAAGUUGCCUGUACAUGCUAUGUGGAGUAUGCUAACAAUGCUGUAAUUACUGCUUGCAUUGUGACAUUAUUUUUUCUGACAUUUAAGGAAGAAUUGGCACCUAGAGUACAAAUGUUAUGAGCACUUAGGAGAUAAUUAUCCUUCUAGCAGUGAUGACAUGCUGAAGAUGAUAUUGGAAGAUUAUAAUUUCCUUACACAUCUUUGAUUGGUAUUUCACCUACUAUAAAAAUGAAAAGACAGGAAAAUUAAGGAAGAAGAGCAGAACUUUGGCAAAGAUAAGAUUUUGUUAGAAAAGACUUUAAAUAUAAGCUAGCGAUAAUACAUGCUGUUGUGCAGUUCUAGUUCCCAACAGAGGGAAAUGGACACAACUUUCUAGCUGGAACAUGAACUUUCACUUGCCAUGGCAAAUUACGAGGAAUUAACAAAAAGAUAAUUCCUUUGCUGCUUUCAGGUUUCAUUUCAGGUCUUCUGGGUAUCUCCCCAACCCCAUUUGUUUUCAAGUUAUGCCAGUUUUGAAAUAGUUUUCAUCAUAAUGUUAACCAGUAACUGUAGCCAGUAACUGUGAGUUAUUUUCUGUCACAUGAAUGUCUUCAAAAAUAGGUGAUCUCAAACACUGUUUUGCUUAAAAACCUCAAACUGUGUUAGAAGCAAGCUUGUAAACUUACCAUCCCACAGAGCCACUUAACUGCAAUAGUCUUGUUUUCAGGAACAAUAUGAAUUGUACUGUGAAAUGGGUUCCACAUUCCAGCUUUGUAAAAUUUGUGCAGAAAAUGACAAAGAUGUGAAGAUUGAGCCUUGUGGGCAUCUGAUGUGCACAUCUUGCCUUACAGCAUGGCAGGUAGGUUUUUUUCCCUCUUGUAUUCAUUCACCAGAUGUAUAUAUUUAGGUAGGUUUAUUUUCCGACUUGUUUUAGUCCUCUUUUCGCUGUUCAUUUUGCUGGUUUUUCAGCAGUAUCGGCUUCAGGAAUAUGCUUUGAAAUAUUGCUACUUGCUUCCACUUUGUCAGGCCAGUCCUAUAACAGGCAAUGUGAAAGGGUCACCUCAAGUGGCAGAUGCUGAGGUACAGAGUGGCAGCUAUUUCCCUUUGUUGGAGGGCAGACCUGUGUAUGCUACAUGGACUGUCAUAGCCACUUCAAACUACUGUGCUGCCUCAGGUGCUGUGGACAAUGCUAUCGUGUUACCAGCAUUGAAAUAAGCUUCAGUUGCCAGUCCAGUUAUGUUCUUUAUAUGGAAUGGGGUGGAGGGCAUCUGGCCCUGCACUUUGACACACUUCAUCAAAUAUGAAAACAAAUGCAGGGCUGUAUUCAAAGCUAGAUCAAUAAGCUAUUGAGGAUUAUAAGUAACAGCAUUAUUAGGUGUAAGCUUGUCAAGGAAGAUGUUUAAAAAUUAUUGGAUGGAGAAGAUAAGUGGCGGUGUAUGGGUGGAGAAGAGAGAGACUUCUCUAACGAUCAGCACUCCUAAGAACUUGUGCGAUAAAUAACUCACCCAGCAAUAAAACACCAAGCCGAGGAGGAAGCUUAGGUGAAUCAUCUCUCUUUCUCCUACUCCUCUUCCUUUGCUUUACCAGAUCUGGAGAACCCUUACUGUAGGGAUGGGGAACCUCUGGCCUCCAGGCCUCAUGGUCCACAAAGGGAUCCACGUUUGGCCUGCAAGUCUAUUUUUCCCAAAUCAUGCCUACACUAACCCAUCAGUUGACAUCACUGAUGGACAGGAUUUAUAAUUCCACCACGGCUUUUUGCUGUAUACCCAGCAGAGAACAUGAUCAUGGGUACAAGGCAACAGGAUGUAACCUCUGCUCGUCAGCUGAUGGACAGAGAUUAAAUCCUGCUCAAAAUGGCUAUUUGAAGCAACUCACUUCAAAUUAACUUUUUCGGCUUCUCAAAAUGAGAAAACUUAACCAGGAGUGAAUGUUUAUGUGAAAGUACAGUACGUUCUGCUUGUUUCUUGUAACGAAAACAAAAUUUGCUAUGCUCAGUCGUGCUCAGAGGCUAUAUGUUAGAAUAUUGUGCCAGGCUCUUGUUGGUAGAUCUUGGGAUUCUCGGAAAAAGCAAAAUUAAUCUGACAAGCCUGAACUCUGCCUACUUGUACCUAAAUUGUACCUAAGCAUUUAAAAUAGAAACCAUUCAAAGAAAGUUAAACACACUUAAAUCUGAUGGAAGCUACCAACGAGUCCAGUCCUAUUACUUCUAGCAGACUCUCAGGAAGUAAGCUCUCUCAGAUUGCACCCGGUGUGAUCUUUGUGUGUAUAAAUUUUAGGCUCUGUUUUUACAUGCUUUUGUUUGUCUGGUGGAAUCUAAAGAACUAUUAAGGAUGCUAAGAAGGCUGUAGAAAUGGUGGCAAUUGAAUUAAAAAUAUCCCUUUUCCUCCUUUCACCAAUGGGGAUUGCACUCUCUGUUGGGUCUUUAGGUGUAGCAGCUGUAAAAACAAGUGCAGAGGCAAAUUGCAGGUGUUAACUUUCCAUUGGAGUGCUGUUCCUCCUUCUAUACCUCAGUGGGGAUGAAGAAUAUGGCCCAAACCAAACACACAGAUCGUGUAUUUCCAGCUAAAGUGUAACCCUUAAUAAGUGAAUUCUAAUGAGAAAGAGAGCAUUGGGCUUUUCUUGCAUUAGCAGCCACAUUUCCUAUUUAAUCAAACUUCAUUGCAGAUUUAACUUCUGUAUAAUUAAUGAGUUGAUGAAAGGAACAUACUGUAGCAAUGUCAGUUGAUACUUGCUAGUGGUUAGUGUUUAAUUGCUGUCAUAAUGGCUCAUUAGACAUGCCUAAGGAGAAAUUGCCAGUCCCCUUUUCCCAUAGUGAAACAUCUGCGUUAUUAAAUAAAAUAAGCUACUCCAUGUCUUCAGUUAUUCUGGGUAUUCUGUACUGAAUGUCAACUUUCUCAGUACUUUUUAAUGGAGAGAAAACUAGGAUAAAUAGACAUUGAAAUAAAAAUUAAAAUGUAUAAGAUAAGAAAAAGGAACUUAUCCUGGUUUUUUUUAAAAAUAGUUUCUUUCUCAUACUCAUGCACUGCCCUAAUAUUCCUGUAUGCUUAUAACAUUGAAUUGAAUUUAUAUGUGUGCGUAGCUAAUCACUCAUAUGUAUAGAAUCAUUGCUUAUUUUAAAGCCCAAAGUGGGUAUCUACAAAUGCAUUGUCAAGGUUGCUAGUAACAGUCACCUCUUUUAAUGUGACUACUUCCUGCACAAAGUGAGACCAAGUUUAGAGUUUGUUUAUUUUUUUGCAUUUUGCUUCAGAAGCAUUCCCUAUGCCUCUAAAGCUUUGAGCAAUUUCAGACACAGGACAGCACUCCUAUUCUGAUUUUGAGGAUAAGACAGAGUCAGAAUUUGGUAAGUUAUCAAGGCCUGACAAAAUGUGGAGACUCCUUUCCAGUAGGCAGUGUGAAAAGUCACUUGUAUGUUGUCUUAUUUAAGCAAGUCUGACUGAAUAGAUAUAAUUUACAUUCAUAAUGGUGUGAGGAUGCAUGUGAUAAAGAAAUAAAUAAACAAGAGAGAAAGAAAGAAGUUUCAAAAACACUUGAUAAAGCAUAGAGCCUGUGGUUAAAAAGCAAAAAAAUAUUUAUUCUUUUCCCCUCAGAUAGUACCUCUAUACUGUAAAGUAAAUAGUACCAAUAUGCUGUAAAGUGAUAUUCUCUGCCUGCCUGCCUUUCUUUUGCUCCGUUCUUUAAAACAUGUAUUUUUUCUCCGGUUGUUUAUGUUUGUGUUGCAUUUACUUAUAAAUGUAAAAAACAACCAUGCACAAUUAAAAACUUACUUCUUUAGGGAGAAAAACAGAUUGGGUGAUUUAUGUUUAUUCCUCUUAACAAUUUUGGGAACAUAAUACCAAUGAUGUUCAUGUGCAAGGUAAACAAAUAUGACCUUUUGAAAGCUAUUAGAUAAUAUGUCCCUAAUUGCUUAGAAAUGUUUGUGGAAAUUCAUUGAUAUGAAAGCUUUUGACCUAAUUUUUGGAAUUCUACCAAAUGAAAGAGGUUCCCAUUAGUGUAGUUAUUCACAAUACUGCAACAUGUUAGUGAGAACUGCAAGUCCAGAUGUAUAUCUGAACUUUCAUGAAGAGGCAAGCCUGGAAGAAAAAAUAAAACAGAACUAUAUUUGAAUAACAGACAUUCAGUUGGGUUUUCUUUUGCAGUAAUUUUAAUUAACAAUUAAAAUUCUUUUCCCUGAUUUCCCUUUUCUUGAGGAAUGUUCUAUACAUACAAAUAAAAAUAGUGCUCAGUAAUUAAGGACUUUGCUUUUCACCCAUAUAGGAGUCUGAUGGUCAGGGGUGUCCUUUCUGCCGCUGUGAAAUCAAAGGAACUGAACCCAUAAUUGUGGACCCCUUUGAUCCCCGAGAUGAGAACACAAGGUGCUGCAGCAUUAUGGAUAGUUUCGGUAUACCCAUGCUCGAAUUGGAUGACGACGACGACAGAGAAGAAUCUUUAAUGAUGAAUCGAUUAGCUUCUGUGCGGAAGGUAUAUAUAUAUAUUUAUAUAUUUCCAGAUAUAUCAUGUGCUUUAAAAUAUAGCUCUGGAGGCUGAUAUGGGAGUGUCGAGGCUGUUUUUAAGCACUUUGCAAAAGUGCUGCUUAAAACAGCUGACUGUUCUCCUUUAAGUGAAUGGGCAGGCAGCAACCAGGUGUGUGAAAAGAGGAGUCUCUGCUGCCAUUACUGCUUACUGAUGAGCAGGGAUUAAAUUCUGCUGCCUUGGCUAUUUGAUCCUGUUCCCUUCAGACAGGAUACACAGCCAAUGUAGAAUUAAACCCAGUGAGGUCAGUAAAUAGGCAGAUGGGAAAAGUUUGGGGGAAAUGGCCUAGCAGGCCAAAUUGGAACCCCUAGCAAACCAAGAUUGGACCAUGGGAUGGAGUUUCCCCACCCCUCUCCUAAAGUAAUAAAAUGAACCCUGUUUACCUUCUAAAGCACAGUUUGCACAAUUGCGGACAGAAAUACCCAAUUUCAUGCUCAGAACAUUUAACAGAAAUCAUGAUCUCCCUACCCACUUGCUGCAGUCUCAGAGCAAUCUGGGAAUUCCAUGGUGCUGUGCGUCAUGUCGAGUCAGUAUCCAGAUUACUUUGCAUUGUGAAACAUUUAUACCAUCUGGUUUGCUACUCUUUUGCCAGAACCAGAGCAAUUGCCUUGAGCAUAUUUAGUAGCUGCUUUGUAAUGUCUGAAGAGAAAGUAAUGAGGUUCAGAUAUGUUUUUCUGUUUCAUGCAAAAAAUGCAAAUUUGUAAUGUCUGAGGAAUAAAUCACAAAACCGAAGUGACAAUCUUUCUCACAGGAAAACUCUAAUGGGAAUAGCCGAUACGUUAAAUUUGUAUCAACCCAACCAAGAUACCAUGUGCAAAUGCUCUCAAAGCACGAGUUGUCAUACAAUAUUAAAGUCUAGCUACUGUAAUUGGUCUGGAUUCAGAAUGCUAAAGCUGAUGAUUAUUCAGUUAUGCCUUUUUUCUAUGCCUCCAUUCCAUGUAGUCUCAUUUGGGCUCAAGCCUGCAGAUUCUUAAAAGUCUAUUCACCCUGUACAAACACUAAAGAACAAAGUGUGGACAUGUUAUUUCAAUUGCAAAAGUUUUAAGACUGAAACUGUAAAGUAUUUCAUGUUUUACAGACUUUAUUUACUUAUAAGAAAAUGGUAGCGAUGGGCAAACACCCAGCUGCUCAGCUGAACUUGCAGUUUGACUGCUUGUUUUCAAGUUGAAAGUUUGAAAAACCAUGAUGGGCUUGACAAGGGCUUGACUUAUAAGCAGCCUGAUUUCCUCUGCUCUGCCCCACCCUCCCAACUGUGGUAUUGAAAUAAUGCUUACCUUAAUGGAAAGGGGCUUUGCUCAGCAGCAAAGCUUCCUAGAUCAUGUGCCACCAUAUCAUGAGACAUUGUGCAUCUCAUUACAAAUGGUGUAUAAAGCAAGCUGGCCACCAAGAGGAGGCCCUCUUGGGUUUCACCUGACCUAUCAUCCAUCCCUUCUCCUCCUGGCACCUCCUUCCUGAAGGUAAGAUUUUCCCGUCCCCCAAGGGCAAUAGCUCAAACUCAAAAAGUAGUCUGAUAGUUUGAGCAGAGGGGCCAUGUGGAAUACUUACCUCAUCCAUAGAAGUAGGUUUUAAAGCUGAUAAGCUACUACCGUGGUACCUCUGGUUGCGAACGGGAUCUGUUCCGGAGGUCACAGCAGCAUCCCGAGGAAUUCGCAACCAGAGGACUGCUUCUGCACAUGCAUGCAGCAUGUAUAGUGCUUCUGCACAUGCCCAUGGGGUGAAACCCAGAAAAAUACUUCCGAGUUUGCCACAUUCACAUCCCGAAGGUUACGUAUCCAGAGGGAUAUGUAAGCGGAGGUACGACUGUACUAUUGAUCUGAUAAAAAAGGUAAAGGACCCCUGGAUGGUUAAGUCCAAUCAAAGGCAUCUAUGAGGUACAACACUCAUCUCGCUUUCAGGCUGAGGAAGCCAGCAUUUGUCCACAGACAGCUUUCUGGGUCAUGUGGCCUGCAUGACUAAACCGCUUCUGGUGCAACGGAACACCGGGACAGAAGCCAGAGCGCACAGAAAUGCUGUUUACCUUCCUGACACAGUAGUAUCUAUUCAUCUGCUUGCCCUGGUGUGCUUUCGAACUGCUAGGUUGGCAGGAGCUGGGACAGAACAAUGGGAGCUCACCCCUUCGCAUGGAUUUGAAUUGCCGACCUUCUGAUCAGCAAGCCCAAAAGGCUCAGUGGUUUAGACCACAGUGGCACCCGUGAUAAUGGAAACAAUUUAAAUGCAUUAAUACUAGUUAGGCAAUAAUUGCUCAGGAACAGAACUGAAGAGCUAAAAAGCUCAGCAAAAUUACAAAUAAUCACUUAUUGUGAAGGAUAGCAUGCACACUGCAAUAUCUCCAGCAAUAAAUAUUUUCCAAAAACCACAACACAGGUUAAAAAGAAGUCUUCAAAACUGACAUCAGUGUCAGAUAAUGUGUGUGAAUUAAAUGUUUAUGCUUCUGUCUGUCACUGUGGAAUAUAUGAAAAUGUGUAUUGCAGUGAAUGCACAUUGUUGAUAUGUGAAAUACCAAGGAUUUGAUCUUCAAGCAACUUUGCAGGUGUUCCAGACGUAGUAACAUUUCUUGGGUAUAGCCUACUUGUAGAAACCAAGUACUGCUCUAAUAAGUUUCAUUUCUAAUUAACUUAAAACUUCAAUGGGAUUAUGUAUUUAAGAAUUCCAAGAUAUUCAAGUGUGUUCAGUUCUAGCUAAAGUGUCUUUCUUGUAGGCUUUAUUAGUACAUCAACAUUUAAAAAAUGUAAUAUAAAAGAGCAAAGAAAUUUGUGUUAAAUUAAAUUAUUGCCGUGCAUUAAAUUAACUGCAUUUUGAUAAUAUUGCUGGAGUUUGGAGUAGAACUCAACUACAGAGGCACCAGGUGUUGUCACUUGAAGCAAUAUACUACCCUAAAAAUCCCCAACUGAGCAAUCUUAAAUAAUCUUAAAACUAAAAUCCUCAGCACUAGAAUGUUCGUUCCCCUGAACUCAGAUGUCUAGUGUGAGAGUUGCCACCUCCAGCAGGUGUAUUUGUUAAGCCCUGGUGUAGGGUAUAUUUAUGCUCUCAUAUGGAACCAAUUUGUAAUUAUAUUCAUUUGUCUUUAUUUCUCUUUCUUUGAGCAAAUAUCUUUAUCUUCCUCAUAAUAUGAAUCUCCUCUGUUUGUCCAAAUUCUAGCACUGCUGCAUUUCUUUGCAAUUGCCAUUUAGCUGUGAAAAUAGCUAUUUAAUACUUAUUCUUCAAAAUAAAUUGUGGGGAUCAUAGCAAUAUAGCCAGUGUAAUUGUUGAUAGGUGCAUAAGCCAUAAGAAUUUGAAAGUGUAUAUGAAAGUAUCCCAAUAAACAGAACCAAAACCGUUUUAUAACCCUUAUGAAUACUUUGUUGCAGUGUACUGAAAGACAGAAUUCCCCAGUGACAUCUCCAGGAUCUUCUCCACUUGCACAAAGAAGAAAGCCACUUCCUGAACCCCUCCAAGGACCUCAUCUUAGCCUCCCACCAGUGCCUCCUCGACUAGAUCUAAUUCAAAAGGGAGUUGCUCGAUCCCCUUGUGCCAGCCCUACUAGCUCACCAAAGGUAGUCUUAUUUAUACCAUUUAUGGUUUUGACACCCUCACCCAAGAAAUUAGAUGAGAUCCGUAAGUGUUUACAUAUGUGAUGCCUGCUGGUACAUGGGAAGGCUUCUCAAGUUGCCCUUGCUACUUUCACCAUUCUUGCAAACUGCUGCUUUAGGAGCAGGCUGCAGUGCACCACAAGAGAUUCAAGCCAGCGAUGAAAACUGUUGUGUCAACACACAAAUCCUUUCUCUGUCUUGAUCACUGUCUGUCUAGCUAUCUAUAGAGAGAGAGAACAUCUAUUGGAUUUUUCACAAGUGACUACAUUAACUAAAUAAUAAACAUAACAAUUCUAAUCAAAUACAAAUAACUCGUAUACCCUUAAAGAACAGUGUCACUCUUGUUGAAUCAGUAAUAAUUGCAUCUACAGCUUCCCAGUCAUUUGGUGCUGGCUACUGCUGUUGCAUGACAGUGUUCUCUCUGGCUGAAGACUGGUCUACCUCUGCCUCUUUUUCUUUCACACUUAGAUUCUCAUCCCCACUGCUUUCCUUUUGCUUUCUCCACUGCUGCUCCUCUUCAUCUUUGAUCUUCUCUGCUUUUCUUCCAUCACUCAACUGACUUGUCAUCUGUCACUCCAUACCUCUUCCUUCCCCCAUCCAAUAUUCAUUUGCCUUUGCAGGAGUAGGCAGUACAGCGUGAGUUCCUAUCCUCUGUGCAUGCACUUGGAUGUAAGGAUGUAAGAAAAAGGGAAAUAAAUUUAAAAAACCAGUUGUAGUUUAAUACAGUUUAUUCUGGACUGUUCAAACCCCUCCCCACAAAAAAACACAUAUUGUUCUCCUACUUUGUAGACCCACAUAACCCUGCAUCCAAAGUUGGGUUAAAAGUAAUUUUUAUGGUCAACCUGGGGGCCCUGCAGAGCUAUAGUAAAGAUCCCCAGUGACUUAGAGUUAGUAAAAAUACCACAAAGCAUACAUUAAGUUGGGCAUUAGAAUCUAAGCUAUAUGUUUGACAUAGGCAUCCCUAUGACAUUAAAAAAACCCAACAUUUCUAUUGUAAUAUCCCCCAUCCUAUGCCAUACCAAUUUAACGCAGUAGAAAUGCUGGUGUCAAAUUUUACUUGUAUCUCACCUUUCUAUGAAAACUUAAGUAUGCCAAUAGAGUUCACUAUUUAUUAUUCCAGUGUGCAAAAACUAAAUAGCAAGUGAAAAACAGUGGCCGUGUUCACACAUAACACAAAGUCAUAAAGCUUGGCUUAAACAUUUGCGCACAAGCUACAUACUGGUGCACACAGUGCAAGCAUUCCCACUUUUCACCUCUUUCCAAAGCCAUGGAGAAGCCAACUUAGUGUUACAUCUGAAUUUGACCUCAUGGUUUGCUUUGCCCUAACAAACCACAACCUUGGGUGCAACACUAAGCUAGCCUGUUUCAUGAUUUGUUUAGCCCCGUGAAGGAAGGGAGAAUCGUGUACCAGUGCACAGUUUGGCUUAAUAAACGAUGGUUCUUGGCUUUGCGUUACAUGCAAAUGCAGCCUUUGAAAAAUUCAUUAUCCGACUUACAUUUAAAUUGUGCAAUGUUUUCAAAUUUAUCUCCAUUUCCAUAUGCAUAGAGUGGUAUCAAGUGAAAAUGUUUCAUUAGCAGAAGCAUUUCCAUUUGCACAACAGAUUUUCACCUCCCUCUCCUCUUCCUGCACAUACUCUGCACCUUCUCCAAAUCUGUUCCAGAUAGUUGGAGGGUUCACCAGAACAGAUUUAGAGGGUUUAGUGGGAGAGGAGGAGGAGAUGAAGUUCCAUUGUGCAGCUGGAAGCUUUUGCUCUACUUGGAUGAAUACCACCCAUAAUUUGUACUUGUCAUAUGUUGUUGAAAUAAAGGUAAGAAAUUUGCGACCCAUGGUUUAGUUACAUAAAGGGAAAAGCUGUACUCUCUGCAAAUUGUAAAUGCUCUUUAAGAGGGAAAGCAUUCAGAAAAUAUGCUUUCUUUAAGGCAGAAAGAAUAGUCAACAAAAUAGUACAGUUAUGCACAAGCAUUCUUCCUAAAGCAAGAUCACUUGGGUUGUAAUUGGUACACCAGAUAUAAUUAGAUUUUUAAUUGAAUGUUGAAGGCAUGCUUUGAAAACUGUAUUAGUGAGUCUGUGUGCCUGCCUGCCUGCCUGUAUGUGUGUGGAUGACCAGUGAUAACUUACAAUUUACUUUUUAUCAGCAUUUUGCCUUUAUCUUGGCAGUUCUAUUUGCAAAUUAAAUUUCAUUCUAGUUGCAUAAUGCUUAGACAACUGAAGUACAUAAAAUGUUUAUUCAUUGCUAUCAUAAUUUUAAUUAACUGUCAUUUAAACUGGCAGUGAAGGGUCAGUGUUGCUGGUCUUUAGCCGUGAGUACAGACAUUAGUUUAAGAUGAUGAACAUGAUGGUGUAUUCUGGGAAUUGAGUAUAUUGCUGAUUUUCUGUAAUGAAUACUUUACAUCUCACAUUACCUAUUUUAUAGUGGUUUUUAUUUUUAAAGUUUUCAACUGGUUAUACUCUGAUCAUUAUUACUUAGCAAAAGUUUGGUGCUGCAUGAACAUGCAAAGAAUAUUCUAUUCUCUUGCCAAUAAAUGUCAUAGUUGCAGAAUAUCGCUUCCUACCUAUAUGAGAAAGAAAAUAGAUCUUUUAAAUUUCAACUUCCUGUCAAGAAUUAUUAUUACAAUCUCACUUGCAAUAAUUGGGAUUGGGCUGUGUGGGAAAUGAAAAACAUUGCAGGUAGAGAAUAGUUUUCCCAGCACUUUAAAGCCUUGCUUAGUUUUUUUCUGAAGAUAAUUCUGUGGAUAAAGCAAACCUGUUUGUAAUGCAUGCAGUUAUAGAUAUAUUACUUUCUGUUGCGUCUCCCUAGUCUUCUCCAUGCAUGAUGAGGAAGCAAGACAAGCCUCUUCCUGCACCACCACCGCCUGUACGAGAUCCUCCCCCACCUCCGCCAGAAAGACCCCCGCCCAUUCCACCAGAUAAUAGGUUAAGCAGACACUUGCAUCAUCCUGAAAGUGUGCCUUCCAGAGACCAGCCUAUGCCGCUCGAAGCCUGGUGCCCCAGAGAGGUGUGCGGAACAAAUAAUAUCGCAGGAUGUCGAAUAGUAGGAGGAGAUGGUUCUCCCAAACCUGGACUCACAGCAAGCUCAAAUAUUAAUGGUCGGCACUGUCGAAUGAGUUCUGAUCCAGUAUUUCUGCGAAAACACAGACGCCAUGAUUUGCCUUCAGAAAGUGCCAAGGUGAGAGAUCCAUGGUGCAUGAAGCUUAAUUUUAUUUCACACUCUGGCACUGUGGCCCACAAGUUCAAGUGCCAUUUUAUUGUUCUUUACUUACCAUUUGACAGCUAUAUAAUUGAAAUCCUGUUAACAAUCAAAGAAUAAUUACAUCUACUCAUUUAAAGUAAUGCUACAGCUUGUACACUUUAAUUUGUGGGUUACUUGGUUACAAAAAAAGAGGGAACUAUUAAAAACUUUAAUCAAAUUAUUAUGAUAGUGACUUUCUAUUGCCAAUAGCUUCAUUUUUUCCUGUUUUGUGGUUUUCUGGAGAUUUCUUUCUGUUUUAUAAAUACAUUUAUUUAAGUAAGAGAGAAGAGUAAGGCAGAAAGGAACAUAGAAUAAAUAUAUAGGCCUGGUUUGCACAUCAGAUUAAGCCAAACCAUGGGUUGGUGCAACCUCCUGGGAAGGAGAUUGUGUCUACUUUGCUUGGUUUGCUCAUGGUUACUUUGGAGAGAGCUAAACCACUAGUCCUGGUUCAGAUUACAAAUGAAGCCUUAUGGCUUAGCUCAGUGUGACACACAGCAGCAAAACAACCAGAGAGGAACAAAGCGGCCACAAUAUUCUCCUCAGAAGCUUGUUUGUACACACUCAGCCGUGGUUUGUCUUCACAUGAUGGCAAACUAGGCCAGUCUGUGUUAAAUGCCUGGAGUUAAGAAGAAGACCACUAUUUGUAUAGAAUUAUGAGCCUAGGGCUUGCCAAUCAGAAGGUUGGUGGUUCAAAUCCCCACAACAGGGUGAGCUCCCACUGCUCGGUCCCAGCUCCUGCCAACCUAGCAGUUCGAAAGCACGUCAAAGUGCAAGUAGAUAAAUAGGUACUACUCCGGCCGGGAGGUAAACAAUGUUUCCAUGCACUGCUCUGGUUUGCCAGAAGCAGCUUAGUCAUGCUGGCCACAUGACCCAGAAGCUGUACGCUUGCUCCCUCGGCCAAUAAAGCAAGAUGAGCACCGCAACCCCAGAGUCGUCCGCGACUGAACCUAAUGGUCAGGAGUCCCUUUACCUUUACCUAUAUCAGUAUUGGACUACAAAGAGCAGAUUGAGAUACAUUAAAUUUGAGGGGAAGGACUUAAAUAAUGUAUCCAGUUAUUGAUUUUACCUACACAUUGUGGAAGAGUUAUAAUACUGAGAAAUCCAUCUUGUGCAGAUAUUUUCAAAUGGCCAUUUAGGAAAUGAAGAGUAUGAUGUUCCACCUCGGCUCUCACCACCUCCUCCAGUUGCCUCAGUCUUGCCGAAUAUGAAGUAAGUUUUAUUUUAAAGUUAAGAAUACUGCUUACAAAGUAUGAGGGAAAAGAAAGUUGGCUUGAUUAAGUCAACAAAUUAAAUGUCUGUUAAAACUAAAAUGUACCUUGUCUAAAUAAAAAAUUAAAAAAUAGCUCAGUAGCACCUUAGAGACCAACUAAGUUUGUUCUGAGUAUGAGCUUUCAUGUGCAUGCACAGUUCUUCAGAUACACUGAAACAGAAGUCACCAGACCCUUAUAUAAUACCCAGAACAAACUUAGUUGGUCUCUAAGGUGCUACUGGACUAUUUUUUAAAUUCUUUAUUUUGACUGCAUCAGACCAACACAGCUACCUACCUGAAUCUAUACUUGUCUGUACAUGAUUUUAAAACACCCUAAAAACGUGCAUAUUUACAAGAAACCAGGGAUGAAUUUCCUGCUGGAGGAAUACGAAACAAAAAAUCAGCAUGCUCUAGUUCCUCCAAAUCCCAUUGUGGGACGUGUCAAUUAUACAGGAGAUGAGCGUCAUUCUUUGGUCAAGUUCUGGAAAUCAUGGAUUUGGUGGCGCAUACGACAGGGGUGUUGUAAAAACCAGAAUUAGCAUGUGGUGGAAAUGGGAUUUGCCUCUCAAGGAGAUACUCUAAAAUAUGAAGAGACCUGUCAGAGCUACUCUGCUUUUUCCCCUACUCCCAGUUCAUCGUGAUAGAGGAAAUAAGCAUGUUAGCAGUUCAUUUUGUAUAUUUUGUUGAAGCAGCUCCCCAGGAGGUAUUUUUGCCAGGAGAAAAAACCAACCAAAUAUAUUCUACGCCCCAUUCGAUUAGAUCCUAUGGUUUGCUUCUCAUAACUGAACAAGAAAUACACUCUUCCCCACCCCCCUCCUUUAUUUCAUAGAAAGAUGCAGCCCAGCCUCAGAUACUAGCCAAAGGCAAAUGGGAACUUAGGGUAAAUGCAUACUAAUGAGCCCAAGAAACCACUUCUUUCAAAUGAGUAAUAAUGAAGUGUUUUCUUGGGUUCAUUAGUAUGCUUUCCCUGCCUUCUAAUGGUCACAGUUUUAUCUUGUUUUCCUACUGGUCAUAAUGCGGCAUGUACAUUCUUUUAUUGUGCACAUUUGUAUUGAAUUAAUACAAAGUCAAUUCAUCAUGUGUGGAAUGUGUUCUGUGUUUAGGUUAUUGUUCUUGGUAACCUCUUACCAUACUAAUAUUAUGCUGUGUUUCCAGAUGUUCUUUGUUUUAACUUCUUGCUUUGCUGACCUAGUAACAGGCUCUCAGAACAUGAUACUUCCUCAUAAAUAGCAAAAGUGUUAUAUAAUAUUGUAGUGGUAGCGUAACAAGUGUCACCAUACAUAGGUUAGUAGUUGCAAGAAACGGCUUUUUGCUAUAUGUUUGUUACUUUGUAAGCUGGAUGUGCCAUGCUGUUUAAGCACAGCAGAUCCUGUUAAUGGCAAACAAACACUUUCCAUGAGCUUUUACUCAUUGUAAAACUUUGGAAGAUGGAAUGUUCCUUUUCUGCUGAUUGGAGAACAAUUAACAUUUCCAGGGCAAACUAUAUGAUGUGACUCUCUUGUAGAACUAUGGAACUUCAAUAUGCCUAGAAGUCAUUGUAUUGGCUUAACAUUAUUGAGUGCAAUCAAUCAAUACUGGUUUGUUUAUUGAUAAGUUGCCCUUAAUAGGUUUUUUGAAGAGUAGGAUAUAAAUGCUUAAAAUAAAUAGGAGCACAUUUUAAAGCAUACAACAUUUCUUGACAUGUUUAUUAAUAGCAUUGUAAAAUUAGCCAUAUCCUUCAAUAAUAUUUUAUGGCUAUUGUAACUUAAACGGAAAUUCAAAAGACUGGUGCAAAUAGAUUAGUAGGGAGAUUUUAAAGCAGAAUGAGGUUUCCAAAGCUAUUUGCAGAACAUGGGAGUCACCUUUAAAUAAACCAGUCUUACAUGGUUAAGGUCACAAUCCUAGACCUAUUUACCUGGGAGUAAGUCUCACUGAGUUCCAUAAAGCUUCCUUCAGGGUAGUUGUGGGUAGGAUUGCAGCCUAACAUAUCAAUAUAUGCCAGGAAACUCAAUGAGAUCCCAUCAGAUAAAUAAGAGGUUUUAGUAAGCCUCUUUGAGUUCAUUAACAAUAAGAUCAUUUGAUGGGUUCAAAGUUAAGUUAAUUUGGAUGUACCAAACUGGAUUGAGUGAACUAAGGUGGGUAAUUCCCCUUAACGUUAUGUAAAAACAGACUAGAUUUUAAGACAAAAAUUAAUCUAUUCAGAUGUAAUAGUCAACCUCAUUUAAGGAAGGCAAAUGAGGAUUCAACAUGGUUUAAACUAAGUCUAGAGAAAAUGGAAGGGCUUUAGGAACACACAAAGCUUUAUCCUGUGCUCCUGGUUUUGUGGGUUAGCAACAUUAAAUUUAAAAUUAUGCUAACACUUUUAGCUUUGAAUAUUUAGUUGGGGUACAGACAAGAGGCAGAAACCUCUUUGUUUGAAUAUAUGAUGUGCUUUGGCUCCCUCUACAGAAGGUGGUUAAAUAUUGCACUGCAGGAAUAUUUAAAUUUCAGAUUCUCAUCUUCUACUGAAAAUCCAUUUUCUGUUACUGUCAGUUAAAUUUCUGCUUCACAUUUUUUAAAUGUCUUGAGUUCUUUUAACUGACUUUCUUCUUCUUUUCUUCUUCAAACUUUGGAGUAUGUUUAAUAUAUGUAGAACUCUCACUCUACUUGGCUUUUACACUCUUAACUUGCCCAUAAUGGCCAGGUUGAACAUGUGGAAUCACCUUAUGCAGUUUAUGUAGUACAUUGAAUGAAGUGUAAUAGUUAAAACAGAUAUCUGGAAUCCACCCUGCACAGAGGAUGGGAAGAAAUUUGAGUGGAAAAGCCAUUGAUAGGAAACAACUAAGCAUUUCCUAUUUUACCCUUCCCUCGUUCUUCUCCACCCAAAAUGGCUUUUGCUUCUCUUUUUCUUGAAUUAGGCUUUCUUAAACUUGCAUGUAGUUUGUUCCUAAACUAAUGAAAAUGGAAGUGUGCAGAUCUUGCUAAACACGCCAUCUCUCUGUCAUUUAAUAUUGGGCACCUACAUUAUAUAUUUCAGGAUCAUUUGAUGAAUGAUUAAAAAAAAUUAAAUUCCCGUUAUCUCUCUAUUUCUUUUGGGACAUCAGCUGAAGAUAAAAUUACUAUGUCAAGUGUCCACUGCUUCUAACAUCUAACUGAGGGGGCACCAGAAAUCUCAUAAUUUUCCUUAGCUCUAACGGGAAAACGUUAUGUAGCUACCUUAUCAAUAAGCAUCAUAUUCCAUUCAUAUUUAUGCUGAAUUUAUUGCAUAUUUUUGUUACAUACAGUGUGAAAAAUCACCAAAUUUGUGGCACAAUGAGUGUUGCAUUUGGAUCCAGGAAAGUUGUUGGUUCAAAUCCCUCCUCAGUUGGGAAGCCUAUUAGGUGACCACCUGCUAAUCUUAACCUAACAGCCCUGGGAAAAGCUCAAUUUAAAUCACCGAUAAAUGUCAUCAAUAUCUGCUACUAUAACAAAGAAACUUAUCUGGGUUUGAUAUACUUUUCUCUUGAGGUCUCCUGUUCCUGUUAAAAAUUCCCUCCCUGAGAAACCAAGAGAAUGUUUAGAAGAAGAUGAAUACAAGAUUCCUUCAUCCCAUCCUGUUUCUUUGACUUCACAGUCACCUCAUUGUCAUAAUAUAAAGUCUCACAUUCGGUAAGGCAUGGUUUGAAGGCAAUGGUCGAAUCAUUCUUUGGCAUGAUAGUAUAUCUAGUUUCAGUUUAAUUUCAUGUUUUAAUUUAUUGAUGCAAAUGUUCAAAUUAGGGUGAUACCAACUACUAUCAUUUUCAUACAAAAUAUGAUAUGGUCAAUAUAACUUUUUAAAAGGUGAUCCUCCAGAUGCUUGUUUGUUUGCUUAAAUAAUGUCUCCAUUGCUCUAUAUUUAAAACAUCAUAAUAAUCUCAAUACUGUUUACAGACUGAAUCAAGGCACCAAACAAAACGUUACAAAAUAAAACAAAACAUUACAGUACAAAGUUAAAAUAUUAAAAAAGGCACAUUUAAAAUAACUUAAUUAACAGGAAAACAGAACAUAAACAUAAAAUAUUAGAUAAAAAUCAACUGACUGCAAAAGAACUACAUAAAACAGUAUAAUUAGUAACUAAGCAAAAUAUCUGAAAUAGAAGCUGCAGUUCCAUUAUACCCACACAUCCCUACACCUGUAACUACUCCCAAAUACAUCCUUAAUCAUCUUCCACAGCCAAAUCUCACUCACAUUCAUUUAUUCCAGCCAUACAGAUAACUCAACUAAUCCCCAGUCAACCAGUUGUUACAGGGCAUGAAAACUAUAUAGCAACAUUAAGCGUAAUUUAAAACCAGCUCAUUCAGCCAGCUCCAUCUGGGGCAAUGUAAUGCCAUGCAAACAGCCACAUGACAUCUCCCUCCCCAUCUCUUGCCAAAGUAGGGUCAUCCCUAUAUUGGUUAGGUCUCUCACACUGAGUGGUAUAGCAACUCUGAAAAGCAAAAAAAAGAAGGGGGGGCAAUCCAGACUCUUAACUCUGGGCAGCAAAAAUUCCAUUUUCCAACCAAGUACAAAACAAAAGGGGGUGGCACCCUCGCAUUGCUCUUGAAUUCUUUUCUGGAGAUAGUAUUUAUUUAUAAAUAAUUUUUUGUACCACUUACUGUUACAAAUGCACCUUGAAGUGGUUUGCAAAGAUGGGAAUAAAAAUUACAUUAAAACCAUUUCAAUUUUAAAAAUUGUUAUUAAUUAGUAAUGUUUUUAGUUUUCUGAUCCCAUCCCCAUUUUAGAAAGGUGAACCAGUAGGGUAUUUUUAGAAAUACAAUGGCUUAAUGAAUUAAUGAUAAUCUAUGGUGAAUUUCCUUUUUCUGUUUUCAUAUAACUAACAUGCCGGUGUUCAAUCUCUGCUUUCAGUGUAUGCGAGAAUGGAAUAAUGAGCGAAACACACAAUUCUGCCUCUGAGAUGAAAAGAUUGAAACAUCCAGAGAUGGGUAUGACUUCUAAACUUUGUUUUUCCAUGCUUAGAAGAAAGCCAGAUUAUUUUUUUAAGGUGCAGUUUUAAGAAAUCUACUUUUACUAUUUAGGCGAUACCUUUGAGCCUACUGUUCCAGUACCUUUACCACCUGCCCGACCUCCUUUGAGGGAAAACUUAAAACAUGGCUCAGUAGUCAACAGGACUCCCUCCGAUUAUGACCUGCUUGUGCACCCUCCAGGUAAUACAUUAUUUUCAUCUAUUUGUGUAGCAUAAAUUAUGCAGAGGAGUGCUGGUGGAAUAAUGAACUUGUCUUCGUUUAUGAAUUCAUAGUUGGGCUACUUAAACAUAUUAGACCAAACAAUGCCACAAAUUGUAGGUAUAUUGUAGAUGUUUAAACUUGACAUAAAUGAACACACAUACAUAUACAACUAGAUAUAUUAUAUUUUAAAUGAUAAAAUGUAGCCCAGCAAAAAUAUCUUGUAGUCAAACAGUUUAAUACAAAUGACUCUAACAUGAUACUAGGUGCUGCUUUUUAGAAGGGAAGAACUACUCUCCUGCACGUGGACUUCCCUACAUAAUUCUUUGUAUCCCAGGCUAUAACUUAAGUAAUACAUUUGUAGGUGAGACGAUUAUUGCAUAAAGCAAAGUUUUAAAAGCACAAUGGAAUUCAAAAGCUCUUAAGAAAUGACAUCACAAGCCUUAUUCUACUUCGUUAUACUAUGGUGCUCGUUUUAAAGUCGUUAAGAUUUCUUGUUUUGUUGCCAUUGUAUUUUCCCACUGAAGAUGUUCCAUGGCUCAGUGAAUUGAGCUGACAGGUCCAUGGAUCCUGCCCAUGUUUCUUCUUGCUGUUUAGACCGUUGCCUUGUCAAUAAGCAUUUCCUGGUAGUGAUGCUACGUGCUAAAAUUACAGCUCAUGUGAGCAUUCAUAUAUGUACUUGUUUGUGGGUUUAAUUAUGAUCUGUCAUAAUCACCUGAAAGAAAGUUCAUCCUGCAUUCAUCAUUGAACCCACAAUGCACGAAAGCUCAAAUGCAGAUGUACAGAUAAUUUUACAACACAGAGAAAACUUCUAAAAACGAUACAGCGAAAGGUCAUUCACAGCAUGCGUUAAGUGUUGUUUGGAAGCCUCACUUUUAUGAUGUACAAUUUCAUUACUGGAGUCACUGAACUCCUUGAUAAACCUUUGGAGGAAGCACCUCUCUUCCUGGCCAGAGAAAAUCAAUUUUAAGAUUCACUUUUGAUCAUAGCAUUAAUGAAGAUUCGCUUAUUUAAUGAGUUUUCUCUCAAUGCAGGCGAAGAUGCAUCUGACAACCCGCCACCCUCGCUUCCCCCUCCGCCACCCCCUGCACGCCACAGCCUCAUUGAGCAAUCAAAGCCACUCAUUGCAGGAAGCAGACCUUUGUCGGGACACGAACUCUACCUUCCUCCUGCAGGUAAGAGUUUAAAAGAGAAUACAUUUUUCAUCUUCUAGUAGAGACAUAGACGGGGGUGGGAACUGUCAUCAAGUGCUACCUAGCUUUGUUCAUAUUUCUAACUAUAAACUUACCGUUUAGACAUUGUAAGAAAAUAGAUGAUUUAUAUACAGUAUAGUGAAUGAUAAAUUGCAAGGAACUUUGACAAAUACAAAUGUAUGCACCACUUCCGGAUAGGGCACUUGAAGUUCAAAGAGGCAUAUUGGAGAAAUCACGCAGCAGGUGUCUGUGUGCACGUAACUAAGUCUCAAACUGAAACUCUUUCUCAUGCUGAAGAUGAAGAAGCAUAUGUUACAGGACUAUUGUAAAAUUACAGGGUUUUUUCUGAAAUAGUGAGGUAACAGUGUACAGCGUCUACCGCACAACAUUGUCCAAAUCUCUUGAAGUAGCCUUAUAUUUCCAUAACCCUUCAAAAACACCACCAUUUGGAUCUACUUCUGUUCUCACUGUUUACUGUUGAUACAUACCACUCUGUUGCUAUACUACAGCAAAGAGCAUUCCAUCUCAUUUUCGAGAGUCUUGUAUCCUCAAGAAUGACUUUUCAGGGGAACUUUGGAGCUGUAGUGGAGGGGAGGAGGUGGUACAGAAGCCCUGUUGUCUGAAUGUAUUUCCACUCUUGCUGCUCAGAGUUCUUGGGGUUUUUUUUUUUUUUAAAAGUGCUGCUGCUCAGCGGUUGGAGUGAGGCGCAAUGGCUGCUGUACUGAAAAACAGCAUGACAAGGUUUGAUGUAGGGUAGCCACCAGAGGCCUAUUUGUAUUUUUCACCUUGAGAUUUGGAGGCAAAAAUGCACAGCAGCUCUAGCCCAACCUUCAUUUGAAACUAUAUUUGGAAAUAGAUUUGCAAACCAUAGUUUAGAAGAAAUAAAUCCUUUUUCACCUGAUUGUGAUUUACCUGGUUGACAUAGCAUGGGAGGAAAGGGAAAAUCUGCAUGUGGGUAUGUAGGAACGCACAAUUCCAUAGCACAUUUUGUGACAUUUGAAUUAAGCCUAUAUUUAUUAGUCCACCAGUGAUCUCAUUUGUAUUCAUUUCUGAACUUCAUAUUCUUUGAUUACUAUAAUCCUAUGAGCAUAAAGUUUCCUUUUGUUUUUAAAAUUGUAUAGAUCUUUUCUUUGAUCCUGUAAAUGGCUUAGUUCCUUUACCUCCAGUUCGAAGAUUAACUGGUGAAAAUAUGAAAACACACAGAACAUCGCAGGACUAUGACCAGCUUCCAUCUUGUUCAGGUAAGCAAAGCACAGUAUACAGAACCAUUUCUUUGCCACCUUCUCCCUCAAAGAACAAAUUGAUAACUUUGUCCUUUUUGUGAUACUGAACACAAUGAAUUACUAUGAGGAAAGAAAACAUUUGAGAUUGGUGAUCUAGGGCAUUCACACUGUCCAUCUUUAUCUGAACUUCUAUUGUAAUUACUUUAUUACAGAGAUAGCUGUGUUUCUCAGGCCCACACUACAUACUAGUUUUCCUCCCUACUCAAAGGUAAUAUUACAUAUAGACAAACAGAAAUCAUACUAUAUGAAAUAAGGUCUAGGAAAAUAUUGCAGGAACAGCACAAGGGCUGUGCCACAACUAAGAAUAGCCUCUUCUAGUCCCUGCCUGUCACAUCUCAGAUGGCAGGGCAACCACAAGAAUGCCUCAGGAGAAGAUCUUGGUGUAUGGUCCGGCUGAUGGAUUAUUACUAACAUUAUGUAUAUACCUUUCCCCACAAGGCCCCAUGAAGGGUUUCAACAAUUUAAGCUACAAUGUUAAAAGCAGUUUUAAACAAGUUACAAUCACAAUAUAGGGUGAGUCAUGCAACUAUACAUCUCAGAUGUCAAAAGGCCAGGAUAAAGAAGUGUAUCUUCAGUAUGUGACAGAAACUGUAUGAUGAAGAUAUGAAGAUGCAAAAUGCACCUCUGUGUGGCCAGUUUAACAUUUCCACUGCCUCACCUGAAUUGGGUGUGUUUGUUCAAGAGCCUUGUCUGGGUCCUGUCGCUACUGCAACUGAAAUUCAUCUAGUAACACAGGAUCAAAUGGGGCACUUUAUCACUAGCUAGAACUUUCACAACAUUAGCAUCAAAUCACAGCGUACAUGAGUGAGCUUGUCCUCAAAGUAGUAUACACAUCAUCACUUAGUAAAUGCAUCAAACUUGACAUCGUCAGCUGGGCCAAGUCGAAGUAGGCCAUGAAUCACUCAAAAAAGCUCUUAUAAGAGGCAUUGUAAGGACACAGUAGCUGUGGAGAAGUAUUACUUCUUCACUGUCGUCACCACCACCGAAUAUGCUUGAUAAUGAGCUUUGAAUUUUGUUAGGCCAGAGUCACAGUGAGUUUUGCUGCUUAUAUUCUGGCAUUCUCCCUGCCUGCUCAGUUACAUGAGGUAGCUGAAGAGGCUCUACCUAGCAAGAGAAGGCACUUGGGAGCCAUCCUGUCAACCACUUAAGUGAUAUCUGCAUUCCACAGAGUAACCUAAGAUAUUAAGAAGAGUGCCUAUUAUGCCAACCAGAAUUCUCCCAAGAUCCCUCAGGAAUGUGCAAAGUAUGUGAUUUGUACUCCACGAGUUCAUAGUUUGGACAGUUAUUAAAUGCAACAGCAGCUGCCCAGGAAGCAUAUGCACAUUGUGAAAACUUGACCCUACAUUCCCAUGAUGUUAGGUGGAAAUGUAGUUCUGCAAGCCAAAGCCUAGUAUUAAUAUGUAUAUUUUUAAAAAUCAGACCUGGUUAUAUGAGGCAUUUAAAUACACUUGCCCGUUUAUCAUUUACACACCUCAGAAUACAACACUUGAAAAUAGAAAAGUCACUGACAUAGAUAUAUAUUGUAUUCCACCAAAUAAGAUUACAUAAUGCAGUGUAUUGAAUGUUCAUUUGUAUACCUAGACUAAUGAAGUAUAGUUUCAUGUAGUUGGAAACAGACAUUACAAACCAAACAUACCUAACUGAAGAUAGUUCCUUUUUAAAUAAACAUAGCUGGUGUUGGGAAGUGAACUCCUUAUUCCUAAACAUUUCAGUGAUAAAUAUUACCUGGGAUUUUAGAAGUUUUCCCCUCAGAAGACCAUGGCUGCAGCUGGGGUUCUUUGGUUCUGUUCCAAGGAUGGAUACAUUAUUUUUUUUUUAUUCCAAGGGGCCAGAUUUGAGAGGUGGGUGGGCCUGCCUAACUCUCAGUCACAUACUGUCAUUAUUGCAUGACAAGAUGAACAGGUUGGUUGUCCUGCCGACCUGCCAAAAGCCCUUGCACUGUGUUCCCAGGUGCCUCACAGCCAGCUUGCGGUCAGGCUUUUAGAAACAGCAGCACAAAUGCUGUUGUGAGCCCUAUGCUCAGCACUUCACAGAGCACAGGGGUAGCAAAGCCAUUCUUUCUGCUCUCCCCAUUGGGGGAGGGCGAGAAAGAAGCCAGCAUUUAACAGGCAUCUCAUAGCCAAUCUGUCACUCACCUGCAUCCAACGCGGCAGGAUUUAACCCAUGAAUUGGUGUCUGUUCCCUGCUGGAAUUCAGCAUUGCUCAAACUGCAGGAAAUGCUGAAUUCCCUGCCCUCCCACCAUCCACUGAUGUUACAAGUGAUGCCAACUGAUGCAGUGCCAAAUUGGACUCCCUGGUAGGCCCAGAUUGGCCCGUGGGCCAGAGGCUCCCCACCCCCUGCUCUAAUCCACAAUGAACACAAAACAGUUCUCUUUAUAAAAUGCCGCCAUUAAAGCUUGCACAGUUAACUUUAUCCAUGCUUUAACUUACUUAGGGUGUGAUUCUUUAACUUGAACUAAUUGUUUUCCAUUAGUGGUGGUCCUCCUGAUCCCAGCCAAAUUUCUUUUUUAAACGUUAACCAAAUUGCUGCAUGACAUGCUUAUAGUCGUCUUGAUAUUUGUGUGGGCUACAUUAUUUGGAAGAUUUCUACCACAAUCUUCUAAAAUAUCCACGAGUUUCAACCAGCACUACAAAUAAUGAUGCAGUGUGAAUUGUAUCAAUACUUUCAAUUUAAGCUGAAUUAAAUGAAAAUCUGUGUACUAAAUCAUGUCAUAGUAUAAACUGGAAAGUUUUUUAUUGGAUUUAUAGUCUGUGUAAUUAAUAAUAUUCAUGAGGAACUGUUCCACCUUUAACCUGAAUUGAAUAAAACACUUGUGGAUAGCAUUUGUAUUCUGUAUUGUGUUGAACGAUUCAACACAUAAUGCACAUUUUAUAUUCAUUCCAGCUCAUUUUAUGGGUGAUCAGAAUCUGUUUAAUUAUUUGGCAGAAUAAGAACCUUAAAAUAUGACAAAUGAAUCACUAAUUUAUCAUGCGUAAAAAUGAUGGGAGUGGUCACACUCCAGAUGUUCUGAGACUCUGUGUUCCCCAUCCGUGAUAUAUAAUAAGUGAUCUGCUGUCUCAUAUUACCUUAUUCUUCAUUAAGUAUAAUCGUAUGGUGCAUUUAGGAAACAGUAUGUGUAAAAAUAAAAAUGACAUAUGAUGAUUCAGGUUUGCUGCAAACACUUCCCCAGCACCCUAACAAAUUAAGCUAAUUAAUAAAAAAUUCCACACAGAAACAUUGGCUGUGAAUUUAUUGAAUAUCAAAUUGUGUUUUUCUUUUGAUUUUCUUCUUGUGCAGAUGGUUCACAAGCACCAGCCAGACCUCCUAAACCACUGCCCCGCCGGACUGCUCCAGAAAUACACCAUAGGAAGGCACAUAACUCUGACCCAUCUAUAGAAAACGUUGAUGCAAAAAUUGCAAAACUUAUGGGAGAAGGCUAUUCCUUUGAAGAAGUGAAGCGGGCGCUUGAAAUAGCCCAAAAUAACCUUGAUGUAGCACGGAGCAUUCUAAGAGAAUUUGCCUGCUUUCCUCCGACCAUUUCCCCACGUCUCAAUCUAUAGCAGUGUGGAAAACCUUGCAGCAAGCCUGUCCUUCUGAAGUUUGUGAGUGUGAACAUGAGAGCUAACAUGCAAGUGCAACACUGCGUGCAAGAGAGAGAUUAUUCUCUAGACAUUUUCAAAGAGUAGAGUUCCAGCAGUUUUUCAGGGAGGGGAAACUGCUCCUUUCAAGACAUAAGUGGAUUUGAUCUUCUGUAUUUUUGCUAGCCAUACUUUUUUGAAUCAGGGUUGAACUGACAAAUAAUUUAAAGAAGUUUACUUCCCAUAAACUUUUAAUCUGUGAAAUGCAUUUUCAUGUUUACAAGGUGGUGAGUGACCAUUUUCAAGCUGAUAGUCCUCUUUUGUUCUUGUUCAUAUUUUCUACUCUUGUGUAGCAUUUCCAACUGUUUUUGUACUGACUUGCCCCAUCAACUAUGAGUCACUUAUUUCUUAUCUCCAUUUUUUCUUUUAAAGAAGCUUUAAUCUCUUUUUUUCCUUUUUCUUUCCUUUUGUAUUUUAGCAUCAAGCAAAUGCAAGGGAAAAUGUGGCCUUCACUACUGAUUUUUCCCUACUGUUGUAUCUUUGCUAUUUAGAGAGAGAAAAUUGAAUGUGUAAUACAUUGUUUUGUCUUUGGUCUGCCUCUUGGAGGGCAUUUUGACUGCAACAGUGGGCAGCUUUUCUUUGACAUAUGGCCGAUAACUUUCAAGGUCUAGAUGGCUUCAAUUUUAAAAUAAAUUAAACGUUCACACUAUUAAAUUGCAUUAUAUGAUAGUUUCCCUGAAAUGUAAAUUGUACCUGGAACAUAUACUAAAAAUCCAUUUGUAUGCAUUUCAGAUUAGCCCUUCAUUCCAUGAUGAGCUUGAUGAAAGGUGCCCAUGUUCAUGCCUUGAAUAUUAUCAGGCAUGCCAAAUAGAUCCAUUGUGUCGAGUUAUAUUAGCAGUGACCAGGUAGAUUGCACUCCUGGAAGGUAGGAUCAGUUAAUUUCCUGUGUGAAGAAUUAUUUGCUGAUUCAUCACAGCUUUGGGGACAAGUUCAUAUUAACACAGGUACUUUGAAUCUUUGCACUGUUGAAUCCAAAUGCAAUUAUUGUGGCACUAUUUCUUCGAAGCUCACAUUAUUACCUUAAAAGCAUAUUCAGUGCUGAGAUCAACCAAUUGCGCAAGAUUUUUCUUUUUGGAGGUACCUUAAAUAUGUUUGCCUUGAGUUCCUAGUGGUGCACCACACUGUGACGUUCCAAAGCACAGGCUAAAUCAAGACCUUCAACUUCUUAAAUGAAGUGUUAUUGGUAAGCUCCAGAAAAAAAUCCACAUGUGCUCUAAUUCUUCCUUCUCUUGUCAACAUUGAAGUCUCCCCCUUUACUUUCACAUACACUCCCUGGCAUUGUUUAGCUUGAAUGACAGGUGGUCCAAAUGAAUACCAGCUGUGAUGUGAGAUGGGGAAAAUGCAUAUCGUUUGUUGCUCAUGCAGCUGUUGUGAAGAAUACAGUCUGAAUACACUGACUGCUCUGAUACCACAAUUGUGUUCAGAGCAGGAAUGAGGAAUGUGUGGCUCCGCAAAUGUUGCUGGACAGCAGUGCCUUUCCUCUGUAAUCAUUGGCCAAGUUGGCUUCGCCUUAUGGAAGCUGGAGUUCAACAACAUCUACAGCGAGGGAUGGGGAUCAUUUUUCAACCCAAAGCCUACAUUCUCUUCUGAGGAACCUUCAGGGACCCACAUACUUCUGAGGAGUGGGGCAGCAGCAAAAGUGGUGAAGCAAUGGAUGUGACUCUUACCUUUGAAUAAUAGGCUACAUUUCAGCCAUGCAGACAAAAAUUUACGUACACAUCUGCAUCCUUGAUCAAGGCAAGCAUGACAUGGUCACUUUUGAAGGCUACAUUUCAGAUGAGUGCAAGCACUCAAGGAAGGCAUGGAGCAGGUCCAGUGAGGGGUGUGGUCUGAGGAAGGAAGGGUCCAGGGAGAGUCCCAAGGCCAGAUAGAGAGGCCUGAGGGUUCCUCACUCCUUUUCUAGAAGUUCAAAGUUUCCUUGCCCCUGUUUUAGAGCCAAUAUAAGGCACCCAUCUCUUCAACCCAACCACCAUAUGUGACAUGCCCAACAUCACCUGGCCUAGUGGUUCAACAUCCAAUGAAGCUGUUGUGACUUUAUAAAAACAGAUGCAAUCAUUCAGAGGAACUCCUCUUCCUGACUGAAUAUAGACUAGAAAAAAGUUCCUGACUGAAUAUAGACUAGAAAAAAGUACUGCAAGGAGGGGAUCAGGAACCAGGUCUCCAAAAUUAAGGCUGUGAUCCAUUUUCCAGAAAUCAGAUUAGGCAAGAUCAGGGACAUCUCAGUUUGUGGUGCACAUCCUCAGCCCUUUCCCUUGGGCCAGUUUUGAGAAGGUCUUUCACCUAGCAACUCAUUGUCACAACACUACUUGAUUUGAUUUUGGCACUCUAGCUCAUUUAUGGUGACAAAUUAUAAAUAUAAUUUAUAUUGGAAUUCCAAUUUUUCAUAUCCUAUAUUUUUUCAUAAAGAUCUGAACGUAUGACAUACCCACUUCUAAACUGUUCAAAUUGUAAUUCUGUGCAAUCAUACUUGGCUAUCUCUUUGCUCCUCAUGAAGAGACUUAUUGAUAAGUCCCGAAAAGGAUCAUUAAGACUGGUUUCAAGCCUUCUAAUUCAUAAGAACCUUGUUGAUGUGCUGCUAAGUUAAAAAGCUGCAAUUUUCCUACAGAAAACUCAAGUUAUAUUCUGCCAUUUUAAAAGAUUAAUAUAUUAUAAAGAGGGAAAGGACUACUUGUCAUAGCACAAGACCUUCAAUUGCAGUAGAGACCAUUGUUUUUAGUAUAGGUCAGUAGUUCCCAAACUGUUUGGGGGCACCACCCUCUGGGUUCCAUAAACUCAGCCCCAGUGCCCUUCUACCCUACCUUAUAAAAAGCAUUAUUCAAAAUAGUGGUGGGUACAACCCACAAAGGAAGAGAAUAAUGCAAUAAAAUUCAAAACAGUAAUGAUUAAUUGCACAUUUAUUCACAAUCCGAUUAAAUUAUUUAAAGUAAAAUUUUUUUGAUGCAUGUGAUCCAGUGAUGCCUGCUUUUCAAAGUCUGACAGUCAUUUACACCUUCAGCAUCCCCUUGCCUCAUAAUGCCCAUGCUAGGUAAUUCCACCAUCCCUUCGUGGGCAGUACUGCCCACUUUGGGAACCACUGGUAUGGGUAUUUAGGAAAAGCACUAAUUCUACUCGCCUAAAGUGCGCAGUGUGGUGUUUUGUGUUACUGGGAUGACUCCAAUAGAUGAAGGCUUGUGAAAGAAUGUGUCAACAUACUCAUAAACCAGGCUUCCUCAAACUCACCCCUCCAGAUGUUUUUGAGACUACAACUCCCAUCAUCCCUGACCACUGGUCCUGCUAGCUAGGGAUCAUGGGAGUUGUAGACCAAAAACAUCUGGAGGGCCGAGGUUGAGGAAGCCUGUCAUAAACUGUCCCAAGUCUGGAUCUAAUGAAUCUAGGAUUCAUAAAGUCUUUGAAGAGGUUACAAGGCCAUCCUAUUCCAGUGAAGAAUGUUCACACUAAUGCCUACUCAAUCUAAGUCAUCCCAUGGAUGACAGAAUGGUACUGUAAAGCAUUCUUAAUAAUAUAGCCAUGCAAAAUUAGCUCUCUGAUGGUUUGGUUAUUGCUCAUGAAUUAGCAGAAUAUUAUGGCAAGAGUUCUGUUCUGAACAAGGUCUCUUACAUUACCACAGAAAAAGGGCUUGUUCAUACAAAUAUUCACACAUAUUUAAGCACACUGUUGUGUUUGGUAACACAUAAUUCUCAGCAAAUCAGUUUCAGAGGUAUUUAAGCUACUCAGAAUGGUGGUCCUGUUCCUACAUCCAAGACUCACUCAAGAGCUUUAAUUAAUCAUUUCAGCAUAAUGUCAGCCUUCUACUAAAGAAUUCUAAAAUUGCUGACUCAGAUGAUGGGGCACAUCUACAAUGCAGACAAUAUGUAAUGCAAGCAAACUCAACGUCUGUUAAAUGAGCUGCCAUUUUAGUGCUUGGUCAGUGUCCUCAAAUAGCCAACUAGUCUUGUGCCAGGUUUGCUUAAAUCCUAUGUGUGUGUUUGAGGAUUUUUCAUAAUGUGAAUUUAUUUGUACCAGAAUCAUAUUUCCAGCUUGAAGCUUUACUUUGCACUGACCUGGUAAAUAUUUUAAUUUGUGUCUUAAAAGCUUGACAAACUUGGAAGCAGAUAAGUGUGUUUUUAAUCAGGUACUGCCUGUUGACCUGGAACGUAGUGCUUCUAGGACUGGUUUCUUGAAAGGACUGCAAUAGUUUUCAUUUUUGAAGGUUUAUCUUCUAAAUAACUAUUUUAUCUGAAAAAAAGCCUUUUUAUAAACUUGUCUAACGUGGCAAACAUAGUGAUGUGAUCAAUUCCUAUUUUAUUCAACAUUCUUUUUUCAAUUCUGAAUAUUAUGUAACCUCAAAUUACUUUAUCUGUUCUUGUAAGAUAUUUUAUAAAAUGUUAACAGAACCAUACAUUUUCUUGGAGUGUGUUUAUUAACUUGUUUUACCCAAGCAUCAUGUCAUUUCCACAGUUAACCUGCAAAUGGAUGGAUUUGAUAUUAUUUAUAUGGACUUGUGAAGAUGAACAAUUUUUUAAUAAUAUGUUGAUAUCCAGGAAACCUCUGUACCACUGGACUUAAUAAUCAUGUUCUCAAGUUCAUGUGUGUGUGUUUGCAUAACAAUUGUGAGUUUCCAUUGGUCUUGCAUAGGAAUUGUGUUCCUGUUAAAGUUCUGGUUAUAGUCCUUGUAUGUUGAGUGAAUACACCAUUUGCAUAAUAGAUUCCUUUAAAAAAAAAAUGGUCAGACUCCAAAGAGCGAUGAUAGACAUACUUGAGGACUUCACAUCAUGGCAUUUCCGCCUUUAAACAACAGACCACCAUGCCAUAACACAGACUACUUUUAAAAGGUGUAUCAGUUUCAAAAGUGUCUCCCUUUGUGGCAUGGGGGCCUAUUUGAGAAACUCAAGUUUGAUGAGCAAAAUAGGAUUCGUUUUGUUUUAUAAGACUGGGGAUAUGUAACAAUAGUAUGUUAUAUUGUGUCUGGGACUACCUCAUAAAUUGUCUAGUGACAACUAUAUAU